GCACAGCGCCCCCUAGCGGCCAUGCAGUGCAGCACGGAGACCGGUGACGCGUGUCCCAUUGUCAGCACGGUGACGCGCAUCCGCUGUGUGUGUAUUGUGCGCAGCCGCCGGUGUUGAAUCUGAGGUUGGCGGAGAGGAGGCGGAGGCCGGUGAUUUGUGUUCGGGCUACGCGGGCAGUGUGUGGGUAGGUCCGUCCGGACCGGGAUUGGAUUCUGGAUCCGUUAAAGAAUCAGAGGAGGCCGGCAGAGGGCACCGAGCCUCCCCCCUCCGGUACCCCCGAUCACUGCACCUGCGGGAGCUCGUUCUCAGCCCAGGGGGUCCCCGUGACAGGCGGAGUGCAGUGUGCCACCCUGCCGGUAGAGUGCGCCCCCAAACACCCCCACGCCCCCCAUACCUGCACAGCUGUCUGUCUGCAGUGUGCGCCAUCUGUCCGUCUGCCGGCCCCCCAGGGCUCCGCUUGGACUGCGCACUCGGUCUACCCCGCUCCCCUGGACCCGGCCGUGCUGCUGUCCGCAGAGCUCGCUCCCACUCACCGGCUGCCGGAGUGCACCCACCUGUAUCCCAUACCGCUGUACGCCGUGCCCGGGCACCUGGGGGCAGAGGGAGCGCUCAGCUUCCCCCUGGAGCCGCCGGUACUCCUCUACCCAGCUCACCCGGGCCAGGUUGGACUGCUGGCUCACAGCACCGCUUCCCCCGCCGGUACAGAGCCAGCCCUGGACUCCCAGCAAGGAGCAGCAGGAGGGCCCCUGAUUGUGACCCGGACAGCAGCAUCCCCCGGGCAGGAUGAGGAGGGCAAGAUGAGCCAAGAGAAGAAGAAGAAGAGCAGCCGGAUUAUGUUUGUCAAGAGGAUCCUCAUGAAAGAUGGGGGCAUGGUGAGUGGAGUAGGUGCACCCUAAGGCUGGGACUGUAGGCAGUCUCAGGAAUGUCAGGUUAUACACAAAGAGACUGUCAAUGAAUGGCCUAACCUCUGGCUUUCCACAUGUUAAAAUGAAGGAUAGAAUUCAUUAAAGGCUGCCUUAACACGCUUGUAUUUCUCAGUAGGUAGCUUAGCAAAGCUUUAUCAUCACAGGUUUAAACUGGGUCAGACAGAGGAUAAACAAUGCACGUAGGACUGAUUUGAUUUGUGUACUAGUUGCAUUCACUUUUUGUUUCAUGUUCAUAAAGAGUACCUCCCAAAUCUUUGGUAUUUACAAUCUCUUAUAAAGACUUUUGAUUAAUAGUCAAUUGUUUAUUUUUAUGUGUACUUAUUUGAGGUUUUAUCAAUUGUAUGCUGGGAAGAAAUAUAACAGAAUGGGUCAUGUCUCCUUUUAAAUUAUUAUAGUAAAAACAAAAUGUAAAAGUGUCUCAUGUAUGAAAUCGAUGAUCAUACCUGGUUUUAAUUUGUACAGUAAGGAUUUGGGCCCUAAUAUUGUUUUGUAUAGUAUUUGCAGUCAUUUGUUUUUCUUGAUUGCUCCAGAUCUGUAAAUCUAGACUAUAUAUAUAUAUAUAUAUAUAUAUAUAUAUAUAUAUAAUGUUAAGAUAUGAUUUGUUGUUUGUUGAGGGAGAUAAAACAAGUGUUGCCAUACACUAUAAUGUUGAAAGAGAUGAAAAGGGGCCCUACCCUAAUAAGCUCACAAUCUAAGUGAGAAAAAUGUGUACUUCCUUUUUUGAGUACAUAAAUAUUUGUGUGGUAUACUGUGCACACACCGUAGAAGUUUAGUAUCCCAUACUCACUUCACCAGAAGCGAUUCUUUAAUCAUUUUAUUACUUUUCUCUUUCGUGUGUGUGUGUGUGUGUGUAUAUAUGUAUUGGAGAGAACGAUUAUUGGUUCGACCGAUAUUCCGGAUUUUGGCAAAUAUUGGUAAAUGCCACUAUUGAUACCGAAAAUGUGAGAGUCGGCAGUGGCCCAGCAAAAAGAGGGCCAGGGCGCAUCCAUAAGGCGGCUGCCUUAGGGUGCACCGGCUAUUGGGGAGCAACAAUCGAGUGACUGACAGGAAGGAAGCGCACAGUGCUCCCGUGUACCAGUCACUCAGUGUAGCAUGGUCAAGCGGUCUGCGGCACAGGAGCUUAAUUUUCCUGUUCCUGGCCGGACUGAUAAGAAGUGCUGACUGAGAGAGCACUUCCUGUCAGUCUUGUUAGGUACAGGAAACUGAAGCUUCUGUACCGUGGUCCCCUCUGCCGGCCAUGCUACAAGAGAGGUAAUGAGGCACCUCAGGGAGGGGAGCGAAUCACUAAUGGGGGAGGGGAGUGAGGAGGGAAGAGUACCACUAAGUGAGAGGGGAUGGGAGAGAAACACUAAGGGAGAGGAACACUAAAUAUUCUUGAAAACAUAAACAAAUAAUCUGACAGGGCACUACCGGGUUUCUAGCACAGAUUUUCUGUGCUUUUUCAAUGCUUUCCUAUGGGAAGGUCUAAUGCGCGUGCAUGCGCAUUAGGUCUCACCCUGCUGUCGGCCGCGCAUGCGCAAUCGGUCUCCCCCGCCGGAUGAUGUCGGCGGGGGAGGAGCGUGGGUGGACCCUGGACCAGCCCAGAGGGAGAUCGGCGCUGGAUACAGGUAAGUCACUGAAGGGGUUUUAACCCCUUCAGCAACUUGGGACAGGGGGUGGGCGGGAGAGGGGACCUACAGUGCCAGGAAAACGGUUUGUUUUCCUGGCACUAGAGUGUCCCUUUAAUACAGUCCAAUAGGAGAUUAGUGCCAUUUCUUGUGACUUGUUUGCUUCCCACCCUCUGUUUAUUGGUCUAUUCCUUCUCCCUCAACAGUGUUUACUGAUUCCUCCUUUAUUGUACUUUCUACAAUUUCUCUCUUUUCUUACAACAUGACCUGCUAGUUUCUCUCAAGUCCUUAUAUAAUAUAACCUUAUCUUCCCUUCCUCUUCCGAUAGUUAUUCCAUCUUUUCCACCUUUACUCUUGACCACAGUUUCCUUGGUCACUUCUUCCCCUACUUUUCUCCUUUCUCCCAGCCUUGUUCUUUCCCUACUUUUACCCCUGGGUUUUCACCUCCUCCCCUACAUUUGUCCCUAGUAUCUCUUUCCACAUUUACAUUAAAGGUUUGCCCAUGUGCCUUUCUUUCCUGGUUUGUCCUUUCUCCCAACUCUCCUCACUCCUCUGUCCCUACUUCAUCCCAUUCUCUCUUUUCUCCUUACUCAUCUUAACACAAGUCUUUCUCUUAUGUUGAGAACGCAUCCAGUAGUGACGUGAAACCGCUUCAGUUCUCAGUUUCUUAUAGUUUGUUGUUUUUGUUUUGUCCCCUCUCUCCCCCAGCCUCUUAUUUUUGAUAUCCAGUGCAGAGAUGUUGGUUACAACUCUUCUUUCACUGCUGCUUAUUAUUGUAAGCUGCCAAGAAAAUGCCAAUCAAAUUAGGUGACUGCCCAAUAGAAUGCUUCUCAUAUUAAAGAAUUUAAAUAUAUUUCAUAUGGUCUGAAAGAGAUAGGUCUCCUAAGUUGACACUUAUGAAUUGGUAUUGGGGGGGGGACAUAUGCAGGUAACCCCAAAAGCACAUAUUCACUCUAUGUUUCUUUUGGUAUUUGGAGUGUGUGACUGUCAUUUUAAAUGAUCAUUUUUGUCAUUCAUUAAAAACAAAAUCUGCUGGAAAAAUCUUGGCUAUCAAAUCUUCUUUUUAUUUUAUUAUUUAUUCCUCUUACAGAUCAUUUUAAACCUUUGAAGUGUCCCUAUUCCCCAUUUUUCCCUAUAUAGGCCUUGAUUAAUUUUUUGGGGGGAUACGAUUUUUAAAUAAUAGUUUUACAAAUGUCAAUAUUGUCAUUUUUUUUUAUAUUCCGAUAUAUUUUUUCUUAUAUAUUAUAUUUUGUGAUAUUUUAAUAUUUCUGACAAACAUUUUAUUUAAAAGUUAAUCUAAAAAUAUUAAAUCGUUUGAAAAGCUCAUUUAAAGAUAAUAAAUCGAGGCCAUACAAAAUGUUUUAUAAUGGGAUGACACUACUGCACAAGUCAGCAGUAGAUGUGGUUAAGAAAACUUGGCAAUCACCUUACUGUGUCUACUUGGCAUGAUUUGUUAUAAGAAACAGUAUAGGACAUUGAUUGCAUUGCUUAAAACAAAAUACUUUAUAUUUUCCUUAAAAUACAAAAAAUUAAGGUUUAGUUGACCUUAAAUAGUUACAUCAUGCUAAAUUUAGGUAAUAAAAUGUUCUUCCUAUUGCUACUGAUGUGAGGAAAAUGCAUUAUCCUUAGUUUGUUUUUUAAAUAUCAAUUUUGGAAAUCCCAUUUAUUUAUUUUUUAUAGUCUGUUUAUGUUGCAUAUGCAAGAUUUCUGGAAUUUAGUGACCAUACAUUUUCUACUUUGGGUGUAGCUCCUGUUUUAAGAUUAGUAUGUACCAGAACAACAUGAAAAUCAUCAGCCAUUUUAUAGUGUUUACAAAUCCAGGUCUCAGCGCUCACAUUAUCCAUAACCACAUUUGAACAAUACUCAGGACAUGGCUUUUUGUUCUAGAGACUUCAAAACAGCCACUACAUUUGAACAUACAACUCCCAAGAACUGCAUUUUAUGAUAUCUGACAUUUGUAAUUCGUUUAAUCUAUAAAUUUCACCAUGGGCUAUUAAAGAUUGUUAUAUGACAAAAAUGAAGAUAAAGAUAUCUUGGAUGUCAGUAGAGUGUCAUUGGUGAAUCCUUGUUUUAUUACCAAUAGUUUGCUUUUGGCUAUAUUCUGAAGCUAGACCUUCCUGUAAAUCGUGAAAUACAAAGACACAUUUACGUGAAAUGUGGUUAAUGUUUAAGAAACAGUUCAAUAAACUUAACAUUUAGCUUGAGCCAAUGCCUCAUCUGUUAAAUAAAAUUUAAGAAAAUUUUGCAUUACAAACUGAUCUUCCUUCUAAAUUUCCUGCUGGUUACUGAAAUGUAGCAGGUCUGUACUGAAUCCUAUUCUUACCAUUCUUUAAUUUACGCAGUCAUUUCCUUGUCAUAAAAGGAACACUCUCCACACCAUAACCAUUAUGGUUUGACUACUUUACUUGCGGCAGUGUACUGUGGUGGUUAUGGUGCUUGGUGUGUUCGUUUACUAGCAUUACUGUAUUUCCAACUAAAAUUUUUUUUAAAACUGGCAGUUUUUAGCUUGAUACCUCUGAAAAUGUAAUCCUUUUCCACGGUAAGUGGUCUUCAUUAAAUUUCUAAAAACAUAUUGCCCCCUGACCUCUUCCCUAAAAUGCUUUAUGCCAACCCAGCCCACCCCUAUCUCCCCAGUUGUGAAGUCCCCUGACUCUGCACAGUAUUUCUUAUAACUGCAUAGAAUAGUAAAAUUGUUGCAUUGCAAGUCCAUGUUAUGCUUUCCUCCAACUUUUGCGUGUACAUUAGAGGUGUGCUUUAAAAGUUUCUUUUGUAAUUCCUGACAAUUCCUUGCAUUUAGGAUUAUUGUGCACUUUGCAUUAUUCAACAUGUAAGUAAUUUGUCAAUUUUAGCAAAAUAUUUUAUUUAUUUAUUAGACAUAAUUGGCCAUGAAAAAUGUAGCUUAUUAUUUAGGGCAAAAACUAGAUCUAGAUGUUGGCACAAUGAAUAGUCACCUGUAACUUGUAGUCAACAAAUCAACUUUUCACUUAAAGCAAAUAAGACGGCUCCCUGUUCAACUCUACCAUCCAACAAAGGAUUAACUUUUGUGACCAUAUAAUUUUAUAUUUAUUUAUUUCUCAUUUGCAUAAUUGUAAAACUUAGAAGUAUUAUUACGUACCGCUGUUUUGGCGCCACCUGUUUCCUUUCUUUUUUUUUUUUUUUACUAACAAAUCAACUUUAGCUUAAUGAAGCAGUUUUGGUGUAAAGAUUAUGCCCCUGCAGUCUCACUGCUCUAUUCUCUGCUAUUUAGGAGUUAAAUCACUUUGUCUAUGCAGCCCUAGUCACACCUCCCAGCAUGUGACUUAUACAGCCUUCCUAAACACUUCCCCCACAUCAUCUAAUGUUUACACUUCCUUUAUUGCAAAUGCUGUUUAAUAUAGAAUUUCUUAUCUUGUGCUCUAUUAAUAGCCUGCAGGAGCCUCCUGUUUGUAAUUAAAGUUCAAUUUACAGAGAUUAAAAAACAAACAAACAAAAAACUUUAAAAGUAAGUUACAUCAGCUUUCAUGCAGGCUGUGUCAGUCACACCCAGUGGAGGUGUGUGUUCUUCAUAAACAGAAACAAAAGUAAUGAUUCUACUCACCAGAACAAAUUCAACAAGCUGUAGUUGUUGAUAUGACUAUAGUGUCCCUUUAAAGGCACACUAUAGUCACCAAAACAACUACAGCUUAUUGAAUUUGUUCUGGUGAGUAGAAUCAUUACCUUCAGGCUUUUUGCUGUAAACACUGUCUUUUCAGAGAAAAUGCAGUGUUUACAUUACAGCCUAGUGAUGACUUCACUGGCCACUCCUAUGAUGUCUGUUAGAAAUCCUUCCUGGGUCAUUGCUGCCUAAAAUGCAUCAAAACAUUCAGUGUCUCCUUCCUCUGCAUACAGACACUGAACUUUCUUCGUAGAGAUUCAUUGAUUAAAUUCAUCUCUAUGAGGAGAUGCUGAUUGGCCAGCUGUGUUUGAAUUGCGCUGGCUCUGCCCUGAUCUGCCUCUUUGUCAGUCUCAGCCAAUCUUAUGGGGAAGCAUUGUGAUUUGAUCAGGCUACCACUUCUGCUGAUGUCAGCAGGCAGUGGGCAGGUCUAAAGGAAAUAGGGACAAAGUAAGCAGCUGCAGACUUGAAUACAAGUAAGAUUUUACUAUAUAUAGGGAGGCAUGUUUGUGUUCCUGACCCUAUAGUGCUCCUUUAAAGAGAUGCUAUAGUCACCAAAACAACUUUAGGUUAAUGAGGCAGCUUUGGUGUUUAUUAAAUAACUCUGAAGUGUCACUGACCAUUUCUUUGGGAUUUAGGAGUUAACACGUUUUCAUUUGAUGCUCCAUUUUCUUUUAAAUGUAUAUUAAAACAUUUAGCAAGUGAUUUCACAAUUUAACUUCAGGUCUUCCACUAUAUUCAAAAUGGUAACUUAGAUAAGCCAUUAUGCUGGCACUCAAUUUCGGAUUUGUACAUUUAAUAAUAUUGCAAUCAUUCUAUGUAAAGUCCAGGGGAGUUACAGUUCUGCUUUAAAACCCGCUUUCUCAGAAUGUUUCUGCCUCUUCUGUUAAGUUUAAUAUAUCCUUUAUUCAAAUGAUUCUCAUGGAUUUUGUUGCUGCUAUGUAAAUUAUAAUAAUACAUUAUUCCAUUUUAAAGAAUUUCUCAACAGAACCCAAUAUUAUUUUAUCCUAGGAAUGUCUGCCUGCUGCCGCCAUUGAUCUUCUCAAGCAAUUUGUAUUCUUAGCGGAAGUGUGAAUUUUCUCAAGGCAACAUACCUUUUAAAAUGUUCUGCUUAAUAUAACACAAGAGAAAUCCUAAAAUAUAUAGGGCUUACUGUGACCAUCAGAGAGCUGGCUGUGCACGUCUGUUUUUUUGUUCUGUUUUUUUACACAAAUUUUUGAAUAACAGCUGGUUAAGUAUUUUGCUAGUGCUCUUUCUGCUCAUAUUUUAUUUUCUAGUCUCUACAUAUAGCUCCAUACCUCCCAACAUUUCAAAUGGACAAAGAGCAAGUAGGGACACUUUAAUUUGUAAGUGGGGGUGUGGCCAAGGGUAGCUGUCCUAAAAAUGUUUUUAUCCUUUUUUAUAUUUUUUUUUAUCUUGUUACAAAUAUAUUAAAAACAUUAAUUUUUCUUAGAUAACUAUUAAAGGACCACUAUAGUGCCAGGAAAACAUACUCAUUUUCCUAGCACUAUAGUGCCCUGAGGGUGCCCCCACCCUCAGGGCCCCCCUCCCGCCGGGCUCUAGGGGGUGGAAGGGGUUAAUCUUACCUCUUUCUCCAGCGCUGGGCGGGGAACUCUCCUCCUCCUCUCCUCCCUCUUCUUCCGUCACCAGCUGAAUGCGCGGCAAAAGCCGCGUACGCAUUCCGCCAGUCCAGAGGAAAGCAUUAUCAAUGCUUUCCUAUGGACGCUGGCGUCUUCUCACUGUGAAAAUCACAGUGAGAAGCGCGGAAGCCCUCUAGCGGCUGUCAAUGAGACAGCCACUAGAGGCUGGAUUAACCCAUAGGUAUACAUAGCAGUUUCGCUGAAACUGCUAUGUUUACAGAAAAAAAGGGUUAAUCCUAGCUGGACCUGGCACCCAGACAACUUAAUUAAGCUGAAGUGGUCUGGGUGCCUAUAGUGGUCCUUUAAAGCAAACUAAAAUGUAAUUUAAAAGAACAAUGCGUUCUGUUUAUAUUCUGACUUCUAAUCACAUUUAUAGUAAGUUUAUUGGCACAUUACUGUAUUACUUCUGAAGAGCAUUGUUAAAGGGACACUCCCCAUUUCUAAAACACUUCAGCUUUCUUUAGUGCUUUGUGUGAAAACGGUGCCCUCCUUUUUUCAUUUUACAAAAAGUGCAGAUUUAAAUAGAAACUGGCACUUUAAAAAAAAUUAUAUUCUCCUUCACCCCCCCCUCCCUUUCUGUCAAUCAGACAACUAGUCCUGAUACUUCCUGGUUGAGGCGGCAAUUGAUCCAAGCACCUGCCUUGCAAAAACGUCUUGUUGAGCUGCAUUGGAAAGUUUGUGACUGGACAGCCACAGAAAGUGUGGGCUGGGGUUAGGACUUUUGCAAGUGUGUGUGUGUGUGUGUGUGUGUGUGUGUGUGUAUAUAUAUAUAUAUUUAUUUAUUUUACAGUAUUACAGAAUUGUAAAACACUUCACAGAACUCUGCAUUGUGACAUACCUAUCAAUUGUUUUGGACCCAAAUCUAAUUACCUAAAUGACUUAAAUUUCAGUUUGUCAAACGUAAAGGACCACUAAAGGCACCCAUACCACUUCAUCUCAAUGACAUUUUAAUUCUGCAAAGUAAAGCAUUGCAGUUUUGUAGAUAUAGUGAUGUUUACAUUGCAUGGUUAAUUGUGUCUGUAAUGGCUGUUUAUCUGACUGGCUCUAAAGAUGCUUCCACUGUGAGAAUCUGUUCCCACAGCUAGCCUGCAAUAAAAGCACAGUGCUGCUAUACAUGAUUAUUUUGUUCUUAUAGUGUUAAAAACACCAUCUAGUUUUCCUACCUCCCCCCCACCCAUCAUCGGAAGUGGUGGUCUGAGAUAAUCACAAUGCUUUUACAUAUGAUUGGCUGAGACUGUCAUGGAGGCAGAGCCAGCACAAGCCAAACACAGCCCUGGCCAAUCAGCAUCUCCUCCUAAUGAAUCAAUGCAUCUCUUUGAGGAAAGUUUAGUGUCUCCAUGCUGAGGGUGGAGACACUGUGCAGCACUUCCUUAAGAAGCACCUCUAUUUAAAUAAAGAGGAGAGCUCUAUAGUAUUAGGAGCAGAGUUUUGUCUUCCUAGCUCUAUAGUGAUCCUUUAAAAUAUUAAUAUUGGACUGGACAUUUUAAUAUAGGUGCAGGCCAAAUUGCUGCUUAAUGCAUUUAUAUAAGUACACAAAGUACAUAGUGUAUUUUGAGUCUUAUCGUGGGGCCAUUGUUGUAUUUCAUGCCACUAUGACUAUAGCAUUGGAACAGUACACCCCAUGUAGUAGUUAUGAGUAAUUACAGAAGUUUACCUUCAUUAAAUACACUUUAGGCUGUAACUUAUAGUCAGAAUCAUGGUUACAGCCUGUGGGUCCUUGAAGGCAGACAUUCCCUAAAUCAUCUGCUAAUACUAAACCACUUGUAAAGCUAGGCACUCAACCCUGAACAAUCCUGUAACACACUAUUACAAGCCUAACCCUAGCAGAGAGAUUCCUCUGCUGACUGCUCUGGACUGAGUGAUUGCAGAAUGAGAGGGUAUAUCUCAACUGCCAAAUCAUAUCUUGACAAGGUAUCACUGUAUGAUUUACAGUUUUUUUUUUUUCUGCUUGAUCGCAUACAGUGAUUGGUACAUGACUGCAUGCUCAGCCAAGUUCCAGUCACGCUCUGCAAUUGGGGAGAGGGGUGGUGGGUACCAAUCUCUUUUAGGAUGGUGAUGCCACUGAUUGCUGCACACUCCUAUUUAUCUGGUGUGAGGCUUCUUUUUUUGGCUUCAGGUGAAACAGGCAAAAUAUUAAGUAAUACCAAGAUUUCCCUGAUACAAGCAUGAAAGCAACUCAUGAUGAUACAAAUGCUACAUGAUACAAUUAUUCUUUCAAAGCCCCUGUGAUCAUGGUAUAAUACAUGUUCUGUGUGAUUUAUUAUACACAGUGUAAUGCUGAAUGUUGUGGUGUUUGGAAGAGGAGUUUAGUACAGUUAGUUUUAUUUAUAUAUUAUCAAUCUUUAUUUUAAUUAUGGUCAAAAUGAAUAGGUCCAUUUAGUAUAAACAGAUUGUAAAAUUACGUAUACUCCAAUGUGGUAUAGUGUUGUGGUGUUGUAAAUUGGAAGACAAUGAGAUCAAGUGUGACAUGAUCCAGAAGUGAAUAAUAUGUGCUAGCUUGGUUGGUCAAGGUUCUUUCCUACAAGGUUGAGGUUAUUGAAAGAGGUUCCAUCGCAGACAGACAGUAAGCCGUGAUCAGUCCUGGCCAGCAAUAAUAUUUCUGUCAGACACUUUUAGGCUUCAUACAGUAAAUGUCCGUGACACAAUAUGAGGUUUAAAGUCAAAAUAACUAAAGCUUUAAGAACAGCGUGAAACAGAAAUUAUACUUUUUGUGUGUGUGCUAUGCAGGCCCCCCCCUCCUCAUGCUCAGAUGCCCUAUGUAGUUUCACCGUAUAUAUGGAUUAUGGCUAACCUUCACAUUGCAGAUGUUUGUGACUGUUUCACAUUGCCAUUGCAGUCCACAAACCUCUGCAGUGUGAAACCACUCCAUAACAAUUUCUGGGCUUCUUAUAAAACCCUAAUUUGCAGACUGAUGCUAAAAUGAUAUAUAAGGAUGAUCAACAAGGAAAUGGCCUUGCGUGUCAUAUAUGUACUGAAGUGCAACUAUGCUUAUACAGAGAAACUUCAAUUUUCUCAUACGCUGAAAAUAAUGAAUUAUUUGAACAUUUAUUUUUUUAAUGAGCAUAUGUAUGUGCUCAGUGUCAACCCUGGCUACUGUUUCCAUUCAUUUGAAGUGGAUUUGGCUAUGGUACAGUAGAUUUUAGGUUUUGCUUAAUAUGUUCAUUAGAUACAUUAUUGCACGUUUUGGGUCCAGGGCUGACCCAUGCUCCAUUAGAAAGCUUGUCUUCAUUCCUACAUGCAGCAGCUUCUCCUAGUUCUUGCUGACGCUUACACUUUGGUGCUAUGCAAACAUUCAACAUUAGAAUGACAGAUUUUGAGCCACGUUCUCAUUUACUAAUGCAUUUUAUGGCUACUUAUUGCUAGAAAAAAUUCCUUUGUGCCAAAUGUGUAUUUUAACUGUAAAUACUGUCUGAAUAUUUGGAUAAUUGAUUUCUUAGUAAUUUUAGGAACAUAGAAAACUAGUUUAAAACAGGUGCCCUGUGGUGUUCUACUCAAAUUGUUACUUAAUCCUGAAUUAAAAAUAGAACUAGAAGUGAAUUCAUGAGCACAGGUUAAGCUUGUUUAAUCCCAGUUAAUGGAUUAGUCUUGAGAUGUGAUGAGGUUAAAUGCCUAAAUAAUUAGUAUAACUGUGUUACAUGUUGAUAUCUCCUGAUAUUUAUAAUGUUGUGAAUUACAACAAAAAUGCACCCCCAUAAAAACAUUUGCAAUGCAAAUUGUAAUAUUAAAUGCAACAUUGAUUUACAUCUUUAAAGGCUUAAUCCAAGUAUUAUAAACCUGCAUUAAAGGGAUUUUCCAGUGCCAGGAAAACAAACCCAUUUUCCUGGCACUAGAGAAACCUGAAGUGCCCCCAAUAGGAAAGCAUUUAGGAAUAGGAAAUCUGGUGCUGGAGGUCCGUGAGUCCGUUACGAAUCCGGAAACUCUGUUAGACAGCCACAGAGGACAGACUUAGAGCUGCAAUGUAAACAUUGCAGUUCUAUGGAACUGCAAUGUUUAACAUUGCAGCACUAAGUGCAAAAGGGACACAGCAUCCAGACCACCUCAAUAAGCUAAAGUGGUCUGGGUGCCUAAAGUGUCCAUUUAAGCCUGCUGUAUUGGGUAUGAUUCCAGAUGUAUGCCUGCACCAUUUCAAGGAGCUGCAUGUGGAUCCCUACGGUCACUUAUCGUCCAGUCUCAGCCAUAUAAUUUCUGCGCAUAGAGUUGCAUUAUAUUUACCGGACUGGAAAUCUUUUUUAAAGCUGGUUAGUGACGACCCAAUGAUACUGCAAGAGCUGGAGGUACACUCUGGCAAUAAAGGGGUUAAACUCCAUAUGUCCAGCAUUUCACAGUGAAACUCUGCACACACAGACUCCAGGCACCAUGACCACUUCAAAUCACUGAAGUUGUUAUGGUGUUUGGAGUAACCAAUUAAAGGGGACUGAAACCACAAUAUCUUAAUGUAAGUUUUGUUACUGUCCCUUUUCUCAAGUAAAAUAUUUUAUUCCUGUCCAAGAACACACCUCUUUUGGCUGUCAGACAGCCACUAAAGGAACUUUUACCUCGAGAUCUAUUAUAAAAGUUCUACAUGUUUCGUCUUGCGUCACAUGAUUAUGCUGAAUACAGCCAAUGCUUCUCAUAGAAACAUUGGAUUCAGUGCAUUACUAUGAGAAAUAUUGGAUCUGUAAAGUAUCUGGUUACACCUGAUAUCUGGUGUCUCCGAUGUCCUUCUUCAGCCUGAUUUUCCCCUCCGGCAAUGAUUAAUGGUUAAUUUUAGGGGGUGAACUGCCACAGUAAGGGUUACCGUAACCAAAACCAGUGCUUUAUGAAAACAUUGUUUGUUUUUUUUGUUUGUUUUUUGUGAGUAACCCUUUCAAAAUGUUAGAAUUCUUUUUAAUAGAAAACACUCUGUGAAGCCCCCCCAACCAUAAAAAUUAAGAUUUACUUAACGCACCGGUUUCCAGCACUGAGAUUUAUUUGUCGUUGCUGACCUCUUCUUUCUUGGUGACUUUAUACAAGAGUCAGGGCCUUCUCCGUGAUGGUCUAGUUCAUAUGUGGCAAGUACUGCGUGUGCAUUCAAAAUUCCUUACAGGAAAGCAUGGAGUACAGGCUUUCUUUUGGGGCUUCCACAUCACCUGAGUUUUAUGUGGUCUGUGCUGUGCAAACGCCUCUCAUGGCUGUCCUACUGAAGCCACUAGAGGCCUUAAAGGAACACUAUAGACACCCAGACCACUUAUUCUUGUAAAAGGGACCCUCCACACUUUUUCCGAACCCCUGAACCGAUCUGGGUGAAAUUUGGAUAUGGGCUAUCAGGGGAUAUGUAAUUUGUGGGGAUACCUUAUGGGGAAAGGGGUGUUCUAAGUUUUGGGGAAAUCAGCCUGGGUGCAAUGUCCAUGUUCCCUUAACACUGCAAUGUAAAAACACUUCAGAAUCAUACAUUAAUGCUUGUUUUACCUUUUGUUCUUGACCAUAGUUGAAAACUGUCCAAUGUUUAAUUCAAAUCCCUCCUCUCCUACUAAAGCAGAACAAAAAAAAAUAGAGGAAGGAUAUCUGUUUAUUUGUUGCGUGAUUGUAAAGUAGUUGUUUAGAGGAACCUAUUGCUGCACACCUCCAUAAAAUGGGAACAUACUAUCACACUGACAUGUGAGUCACUGUCACUGCAGACUGAAGUGCAGGAAAUGUCUUUAUAAUUCUAAACAUAGAAAGGUCUGGUGGGAAGGGAGUGGAGGCAUAUUUGUGUCGAAAGAAAGUAAUCCAUUUUCUUACUAAAAUAUUUAAGUUGUGUUUCUCUAUCUUCAACUGGUGAAGAUGAACAUUUAACUAUAUGAAAACAGCCAUCAAAUAAUGCCAAUCCCUGGGUGCUUUAAAUUUGUAGUGUUAUUCAGUGCUUACCUGUUGGACAGCUAAUUGAAUUGAAACUGUGGCUGAAUAUUUGGCUGUUAAUACCAGCAUAUAUACAUUGACCAGUAUAGGUGCUGGAGGAGCAGAGACCUAAUUGCCCUAUGAGAAGAUGGGACCUAUAGACCAGCUGUGGUGUUCACCUAUGGUACAGUGACCAACAUUGAGGUUUAUUCACCAAAAUGUGUAUUGAAAACCUAAUUGCAAAAUUAAGUCUAAAGAAGCUCAAUGUUGACCGUGGCUGAAUUGGAGAAUAUUUCCCUUUCAACUAGUAUGAAAGGAAUGUGUCCUUGUAGUUAAUGACUGCAGUGGAUGUUUGAGUCAUAACAGCUGCAGCCAGGAGCUAUUCUGAUAAAUGAGUCUGCAAGUUCAUAUAUUUUAUUUGUCCUUUUUUUUAUUACAUUUUGUAUUGUAAAACUUGGUAUAGUUUGAUUUUAUAUGCAUUUGCAAUUUAUGCUUUAUGGAAUUGGUAUUAAAAACAAAUUAUUAUAAUUUAUUUUAUGAACUCUCAAUAACAUUGAACACGAGAGCCUGGUUUACAGUUGAAAACUAAGCUCUGUCUCCAGUUAACGGGCACCUAUCUUGAUUUUCUUGCUAAGGUGGUGCGUUUUUAAUUUAUUGCAGGUUGGCUGCAGAAAUAUGACUGGGCUAUCUGCAGUUACAGCUUCCUCUCUGCAUUGAUACCAUUACCUAAUUGCAAUAUAAAGUGUAACGUGCGCGUGGGUUUUUUUUUUUUUUAAAUCCAUGAGAGUUAUGCAAUUUUUUUUUUCCAUCCCUAAAAGAGGAUGCUAGUUUUGUUUUAUUGAGAAUCAGGAACCUAGAUGAAUGUUGUAAUAUAUCUGAUCAUAGUGGAGUAACCCAGUUUGUAUGGUUUUGUGUUUUUUCUUUCAGAUUUUGAGAGUAUGUGUGAUGAAAGAUCCUGUAACUCCUUCGUUUUCUUUUUUUUGUUUGCACACUUUUUUUGCACAAUGUUUAAAUCACUGGGAAGAAGUAGUAGCUUUUCGAUGUUAAAUUGAUUUUCUAUAGGGCCUUCAUCAGGCAUGUAACCUCCAGAAGUGUAACAAUGCCUCUGAUUGGUUUUGCACUGCAGCUGGGUGCUUUAGUGCAAAAGAACAACAAUGUGGCAUUUAUUUCUUCCAUCAAUGGAGUCAGAUAGGGGAAUCCGUGUGUACUAAAUUUUUAAAGGGACACUAAAGUUACCCAGACCUCUUCAUCUCAUUGAAAUGGUCUGUAUGCAGUCAGUCACUGUUCCCUUAAUCCUGCAAUGUUAAACAUUGCAGUUUCAGAGCAACUGCCAUAUUUACAUUGCUGGGUUAAGACUGCCUCUUGUGACCAGGUAGACAGUUAGUAGAGGUGCUUCCUUCUGCGUCACUGAGUUUACAGGGACACUAUAGUCACCAAAACAACUUUAGCUUAAUGAAGCAGUUUUGGUGUAUAAAUCAUGCACCUGCAGUCUUACUGCUCACAUCUCUGCCACUUGGAGUGAGUUACAGUCCUCCUUGCAUGUGACUUACACAUACUUCCAAACACUUCCUGUAUUGAAAAUACUGUUUAAUUUAGAAUUAUCUUCUGCUGUCAAUAGCUUGCUAGACCCUGCAGAAGCUUCCUGUAAGUAAUUAAAGUUUAAAGGGACAUUAGUCACCAGAACAACUACAGCUUAUUGUAGAUGUUCUGGUGAGUAUAAUCAUUCCCUGCAGGAAUUUUCAUGUAAACAGAAAGAAAUGCGAGAAGGAGAAUAGGCAGUGUUUACAUUGCCCCCUAGGCACCCCUCCAGUGGCAACUCCUCUGAUGGCCACUGGAAGUGCCUUUUGGAGCAGUGCUGCACAGUGUGCAACACUGCCGUUCAGCGCCUCCACACUCUGCAUGGGAAAGCAUUGAGAGGCUAGUGCAAAUGCGUAAAACGUCACGCAGCACCAAUCAGAUGGUAUCUGGCUGAAAUAGCAGAGUUUUUACUCUAUUUCUCGGGAGCACCUCUAGUCCUAUUGAUUGCCUCUAGAGGCAGGUUAACCCUGUGAAGAAAACAUUACCAUUGCUGUAUAAUUGCAAUGUUUUCAGCUGCAGGGUGAAAACGGGGACUAACAUGGCAUUCUGACCACAUUAUUGAGAUGAAGUGGUCUAGAUGCUUAUAGUGUUCCUUAAAGCAUGGUUUAACAACUUACCAGAGGUCUGCUGGAAACGGAUCUCAUCCUCUGCAUGUUGGAUUCUGCACUGGGCAGGGAGGAGUUCAUUGGCUGAUCGCGCUCAGCAAAUGCUCUCGACCAGUGAGCCACCUUGCAAAUUCUCUUUACUGCCAGCUUCUCCAGAGAAGAAGACUAGUGCCCAGUGGACCCCACGGAUGUUGACAGACCUUUGAAGUGGUUUUGACUGCUUACACUGGGGCACUAUGCUGAUGUGUGUAUGGCUCUUAGGGUGCUCCUUGAAGGAAACAUGGUGUUUUUAUUGGAUGCACAUGGGUUUUCACAUAAUUUCUGUAAGUAAACUUAAUAAGCAUUUCACAUAAAUAUGGUGCUCUGGCAGUUUUCUUAUGUCAUUCUUCAUUCUUGGGCUGUAAUUGCCUAUUCUGGCACUUUUAGUCUGAUUGUCUUAUUCAUGAGGCAAUAUUAUGCUCAUGUUAUUUAUUUUAAGUUCUUAACCUAUCGUCAAAGCGAGCAAUAGGUGACAUGAAUAUAUCUCUGCUGCAUCAUCUAUGUUGACUCAACGCUGUUUUGUUGAUACAGCCUGACACCGUUUUGUAGGUCAGAAGCUGCUGCUUAGCAACAAACCACGUCAUCGGUGUGGAGAUUUUGUUGCUGUCUUCUACUUUUCUUUUGUGAGUAUAUUCAUUUAGAAUUUGUAAUACAUGUUGGUAUGAAUAGUUUUUAAAAAGAAUAUGAGCAAAAUGUUUUAGAAUCUUUUGUGUAAAUUCAUUCCAUUCUAUAUUAAAGGCAGAGAAAACACCUGGACAGAAAGGCUCCAGUUCUCCCCCACCCUCUUCAAUGGGGUACUUACGUUUAGGUCCAGAAAUAUUUGGACACUGACACAAGCUGUGCUAUUUAGGCAUUUUACCAAAUAAGUUGCAAUUAAAUAGUGAAUAUGGGCUUAACGUGCAGUGUCUCAGCUUAAAUUUGAGGGUAUGCACAUGCAAAUUGGAAGAAGGGUUUAGGAAUUACAGUCCUUUAAUAUAUAGCCUCUUCUUUUUCAAGGCACCAAAAGUAAUUGGAUGAUUGACUCAAAAGCAUGGACAAGUGUGGGCUAGUUCUUCGUUAUUUCUUAAUCAAUUAAGCAGGUGAAAGGUCUGGAUUCCAGGUGUGGAAUUUGCAUUUGGAAGCUGUUGCUGUGAAAAAAAACCCCACAACAUGCGGUCCAAGGAGCUCUCAAAUCAAAUGAAACCAGCUUUUUUUUAAAAAUAAUCCAUCAGAGAUAUGGAUAUUAAUGUGUUAAUUUGUCCAAUUAUAUUUGAGCCCCUGAAAUACGAGACUGUGUAUGAUAAUGGUUACAAUUCCUAAAUGUUUCAUACAAUAUUUUUGUUCAACCUGUGAAGAAAAUGGACUUUUGCCUGACAUUUUCUCCUUUUGAUUCGGUAUUUUUAUAUGUUAUUACUUGCAAGGUGAAUGGAUUGGUUCGGUAGUUUGAAACUACCGACCACCCUCCUGGCUCAUGUAGUACAAAGGAACAAGCUAUUAAGUGCUCCCUGGGCGGCCGCUGUUCGUACAACUGAAUGCCACAUCGAAAAGAAAACGGCAGCCAUCUUGUUCGCACGAGGAGAGCCAGCGGGACUUGGUCGUCUUGUGUCUGGAACUAAAAACGGGCACUCGACCUCGCGAACUACCGCUGGAAACUACCGAACGCCAGCUUCUCAUAUUUCCCGAACAGCCAGGAAAGCCUCAUUCGGUAGUUCUGUGCGAACGGACAAGGGGAGCAAUCGCUACUAUGGGCCAGGAGAAUCCAUUCGGGACUUUUGUUCGUUUUUUCAGUUUUGUGAAUUGACCGACCGCACACGCUGAAUUCGUGGAACUGUUUUGGGCAGGAGCUGCGUGUGUGGUCGGUAAAAGGGACCCUGCACACUUUUUCCGAACACCUGAACCGAUCUGGGUGAAAUUUGGAUAUGUUUGUCCCCCAGAUCGGGGCUAUCAGGGGAUAAGUAAUUUGUGGGGCUACCUUGUGGGGAAAGGGGUGUUCUAAGUUUUGGGGAAAUUGUGUGCUCUCUGCCUGGAGAUAAUUGGUUUAUUCCUUAACUUAUCUCAAUAUCUCCCAGGCAGAGAGGAGGCGUGUAAAUCUGUGUGAUGAUUGGCUGUUGCUUUUGUUUGCUGUGGGAGGUCCUCUUGUAGGAGGAUUUCUCAUAAAAGCGUUAUCAAUGUGUUUUCAAUAAAGAUUAUUCCUGUUACACCCUUCAUGAAGUCUAGGCUCAUGUUUGGGGGAUAUUCUACUUGCUGGGAAGAAUCACCUUGGAACUGCAUUUCAUCUAUUUUAUUCCUCUACUCCCUGCUUCAGCUAUAAUCACUCAUGCUCAGCUGUUGGGAGAGGGAACCAAGACCGCAGCACCAUAACCACUGCAGGUCUUAACAAACCCCUUGAAUUUUAAAGUUGAAAGUAUGAACUUCAGUUGUUUCAUUUCAAAUCAAUCUAUUGUGGUGGUGUACAGAGCCAAAAUUAUGAAAAUUAUGUCAGUGUCCAAAUAUUUCCAGACUUAACUGUGUUGGUGUAAGGUUGACUAUAUUAGUACUUUGCUGGAAAUAUCCUUCUUGUUUGAAAAGGGGGUGAGUGGGGGGUGGGGGGGCAGGCAGAGUGGGAACAUUGUUCUGUAUUAGAGAACAGUCACUUCUCAAGACUUCUAAUAUUAUUCUAGCGUAUUCGCUGUCCUAUAACUUGGUGCCCUCUUCGUAGUAAUUUUUCCAUCAUUGUUGUAAGAUCUGUCCUUUGCGCCUUCUAAUUCGGCAUAGAGAUCUUGCAGAGAAGAGAAGAAAUAAAAUGGUUUCUAUUUCUCUUCAUUUCCUGUAUGCCUGGACCGAACUGAAUUGUGAUGUCAUUUGUUCAAUUUUUAACAUAAGUUUUUAAAGAAAACCGAGCCUCAUGUGAAUAAAAAUUUUACUCAAGUUACAGGUGGCUUUCUGUGUUUAUUCAGUGGUGUAAUUCCCUGAGAAGUUACAUUUUCCCUUUAAACUAGUGUUAUUGUAUGCAGCUCAUGAUUUUAAAUGUGGUCCAUGGUUUAAAUAAUUAAAAAAAACAUUUUAAGCUGUUUUGAUAGACCAGAUAUGUUUUUGUUCUCUUUUGUUGCACUUUUUUAGAAUGGCAUAUGCUUUAGAUAUAGAAUUCCUAUAUGUAUUAAAAUUGGCAGAAUAUGAAGUGAUAUCACGUAAUCUGAAAUUUACUUUGUGUUGGUAAUCACAUCUACUUUGUUUUGAUACAUCACAGAGUAAUAGUGUUUCUAUUACAAGUAUUUAUAAAAAAAACAAACAAAACAAAACAAAAAAAAACAAAGACCAAAUUUUAAACCUACGAAAGACUAGUUUUCUUUUUAGGUGUAGGGUUUCUGCACACAUACAUUAGAAGCUACAAAUCUGAAACGGUUGUUGCCAAUAUUUACUUUGUUUCAAUCUGUUCCUCUUCUCUUCCUCACUCAUGAACUGUUCCUCUUCUUUUUUUUCGCCUACUAUACUUUAGGCAAAGUGGGGAGUACUGUGCCUUAUGUGUUUUUUUUUUCUCCACUUGACAAAAUGCAUAGCUACCUUUUGUCUAAUUUUUGUCCAUUCCCACAGCCCUCUCUAGCGAUGGCCAGGGGAAUAAGACAUACACCAGACAUUAUCUAUUGAGGGUCUUGGAUCCUCUGUAAAUCUGUGUUGUAUUCUUGUGCAUGCAACUCUAACGUGGUCUUCUGGCAGAAGAAGUGCCAGAAGCUGAAUACAACAGCAGUAUAUGUGUGUGUAUGUAUAUGUGUGUGUAUAUACAUGCAGCGUGUGUGUUUGUACUUUAGGGUGCACACCCUUAUACAAUAGGCUGCGCACGCCUAUGAUUGCUACACUUUAUAAGCAACUGUGUGGAAGCAGGCAGGACACCUCCUUGUACCAUAACAUAUGCAAUGAGUGCAAGCUAUAGUGCAUGGAGUGUCCCUUUAAUGUUUCUAGACUAAGGCUUAAAACAAAUCUGUCAUGUAGCUUAAUUACAGCCUUUGAUCCAAAGCUAAUGUAUUGAAAGCUUCCCUGAAUAAAGUCCGUAUUGCAUGCCUUAAUGUUGUUCUCGUUUUAUGACAUAUUUACGCUACAGAAUGUGUUACUGUUUGACAUUGUUGUGACAGUGUGAUAAAUCAUGCUUCAUCCUCAAUAAAAUACUUAUUUUAUGUAAGAAUAAUAUGCUUUGAUAAAGCUGAUAAAACUGCUAGGGAGACAGCUGUUUGCUUUUCAAGUGUCUGUCAUCUCCAUAGUAAUGAAGACUCUUAGAAUGCCAUUAAAUGUUUAUUUUUAACCUUUUAAUCAAUCGUCCUUUUAUAAAUCAUCCAAGUCAGUUGAAGUGUACAGUUAUGUCCUAAAAAGCUAAUAUAUUCUUCUUCUCUCUUUUAGCAUCAAGGCAUCGGAAAGCCAACUGUGUAUCAUGCUGUGGUUGUUAUUUUCCUAGAAUUCUUUGCCUGGGGCCUAUUGACUACUCCCAUGCUUGUUGUAAGUAUGAUGAUUACAAUAAUUUGUUUUUGAACCCCAUUUAUAAUAAUUUCACUUAGUGCCAUAUACUUUUUUUUUCUGCAGUUCUAGGUGAGCUUCAUUUAGUUGUAUUUUAAACCUUAUAAUUCUGCAUUACGUAUGGAGUGAUGCUCUGUGAUUCCUAUACCAUUUAACAGAAGCCAUUUCAAAAAGGCGUGUUUUUAGCUGCAUCUGUAGAAUUAGGUAUGCUUGCUAUUUUGUAUCUUGUGCACAAGAAUAAGUAAAAUUUAUUUUUUCUUUUUCACUUCGAUAUUACAGGGAGUGCGAAAUUAUUAGGCAAAUGAGUAUUUUGACCACAUCAUCCUCUUUAUGCAUGUUGUCUUACUCCAAGCUGUAUAGGCUCGAAAGCCUACUACCAAUUAAGCAUAUUAGGUGAUGUGCAUCUCUGUAAUGAGAAGGGGUGUGGUCUAAUGACAUCAACACCCUAUAUCAGGUGUGCAUAAUUAUUAGGCAACUUCCUUUCCUUUGGCAAAAUGGGUCAAAAGAAGGACUUGACAGGCUCAGAAAAGUCAAAAAUAGUGAGAUAUCUUGCAGAGGGAUGCAGCACUCUUAAAAUUGCAAAGCUUCUGAAGCGUGAUCAUCGAACAAUCAAGCGUUUCAUUCAAAAUAGUCAACAGGGUCGCAAGAAGCGUGUGGAAAAACCAAGGCGCAAAAUAACUGCCCAUGAACUGAGAAAAGUCAAGCGUGCAGCUGCCACGAUGCCACUUGCCACCAGUUUGGCCAUAUUUCAGAGCUGCAACAUCACUGGAGUGCCCAAAAGCACAAGGUGUGCAAUACUCAGAGACAUGGCCAAGGUAAGAAAGGCUGAAAGACGACCACCACUGAACAAGACACACAAGCUGAAACGUCAAGACUGGGCCAAGAAAUAUCUCAAGACUGAUUUUUCUAAGGUUUUAUGGACUGAUGAAAUGAGAGUGAGUCUUGAUGGGCCAGAUGGAUGGGCCCGUGGCUGGAUUGGUAAAGGGCAGAGAGCUCCAGUCCGACUCAGACGCCAGCAAGGUGGAGGUGGAGUACUGGUUUGGGCUGGUAUCAUCAAAGAUGAGCUUGUGGGGCCUUUUCGGGUUGAGGAUGGAGUCAAGCUCAACUCCCAGUCCUACUGCCAGUUCCUGGAAGACACCUUCUUCAAGCAGUGGUACAGGAAGAAGUCUGCAUCCUUCAAGAAAAACAUGAUUUUCAUGCAGGACAAUGCUCCAUCACACGCGUCCAAGUACUCCACAGCGUGGCUGGCAAGAAAGGGUAUAAAAGAAGAAAAUCUAAUGACAUGGCCUCCUUGUUCACCUGAUCUGAACCCCAUUGAGAACCUGUGGUCCAUCAUCAAAUGUGAGAUUCACAAGGAGGGAAAACAGUACACCUCUCUGAACAGUGUCUGGGAGGCUGUGGUUGCUGCUGCACGCAAUGUUGAUGGUGAACAGAUCAAAACACUGACAGAAUCCAUGGAUGGCAGGCUUUUGAGUGUCCUUGCAAAGAAAGGUGGCUAUAUUGGUCACUGAUUUGUUUUUGUUUUGUUUUUGAAUGUCAGAAAUGUAUAUUUGUGAAUGUUGAGAUGUUAUAUUGGUUUCACUGGUAAUAAUAAAUAAUUGAAAUGGGUAUAUAUUUGUUUUUUGUUAAGUUGCCUAAUAAUUAUGCACAGUAAUAGUCACCUGCACACACAGAUAUCCCCCUAACAUAGCUAUAACUAAAAACAAACUAAAAACUACUUCCAAAAAUAUUCAGCUUUGAUAUUAAUGAGUUUUUUGGGUUCAUUGAGAACAUGGUUGUUGUUCAAUAAUAAAAUUAAUCCUCAAAAAUACAACUUGCCUAAUAAUUCUGCACUCCCUGUAAUAUCAAAAUGUAGCCUUUAUGUAACUCCAGUGGAAAGUCCUUAAGAACCCCCAAUUCCUUUUCAGUGUUACCGUCGGACAUUGAAGGUACAUUUUCACACACCACAAAUUGACAAAUAUAUGUGUGGCAAGUUUUAAAAUGUUACAUACCCUUUUUUACAUUUUUUAUUUAUUUAUUUAUUUAUUAUGCAUUGGGGUGCUACUGUUUGGCUUAGAGCAUCAGCUGACCACUCUAGACCAAUCAGCAUUGCCCGUGCUCAAAAGCAUUUUGUGCUUCCUGAAAGUUAGUUGAAAAAGAUGGAUUCUGCAGUUGAAAAAGAUGGAUUCUGCUGGCUAAUGGGAGAUCCAGCACUGGAGACAACCAUGGUUUAACCCCUUCAGGUAAAAAAAGUGCCGGGGACCUUCUGUCACCAGAACAACUUAGCUUUGAAGUGUUCCUUUACUAAGAAUUAAAAGUUGAAAUACAUAGAUUUAAUGGUGUAUGAGGCUAUAAAAAUUGGUAUGGUCCAUGUUUAUCAAGAAGAGCGGAAUAAAUAGUUUGGGGAAAUUUUAUGUUAAACAGCUUUUUCUUUUCUGAAUUCUAUUUCCUGUUCUGUAUAGCAAAAUAUGUGUCACAUGGAAAAAGCCUUGGGUAGUUUGUAUACUAUGUAAUCUUGCCUAUCUCCAUUUUCUCAACAAUGUUAGUCAGCAGUCAUAAGACAUUUUAAAAUAACAUAUCACCAAUGUAUAAUGUGCUUUAAACGUGAAUAAAGCAACCAAGGGCAAGGCGCCUUUCACAUUACCCCUUACUCCUUCUUCUAGUAUCUGCGUUAUAUUUAACCAAGACAUUUUUUUCCUACUCUUAAUGCACUAUCGCAUGCUGUUUUCUACCCAAUUUCUGCUAUUAUACCCUUAAUAAAGACAAAGUAUUUAGUGAAAUUAAUAUAAACAAUCUUUCACUUACAAUAGAUAGUGUAAUUUAAACCUUUAUUUUCCCCCCAUAAUUCUUGUCAUGUGUAAAUAUAUUUUCAAUAUAGUACUUUCGACUGAAAUAUAUUUUUGCUUUGCUGAGCAAGAUGCACAGGCAUCACCUCUCUAUUUAUCCCACUACACUGACAAAUCCAAGACAGGGUGUUCCAAAACAGGGGUCAGUACGUAAAUGAAAAUUGGUUGACUGACUAUAACAAUUAUUUAUUAUUUAUUUUUACCCUUUCAUUUUCUCUCAUGGUUUUGGUAGUACCCUUGUUCAGCUUUGUCACUGUUUUUAUAUUUAUUUAUUUUUUAUUUAUUUACUUUAUUCAUAGAAAGUAAUUCUGUUUUGUUUAUUUCUUAUGUUUAAUCUCUUGACCUCUACUUUGUGGAAAAAAAUUAAAUCUCUCUUUUUGUAGAUGAGGUUGCAGAGCUACUCCUUGUUUUCUGGAUAUUUAGUUUUAUUUUCCUUUAUUUUUCAAUUGUAUCUCUUCUUUUUUUAGGUGCUACAUGAAACAUUUCCUCAACAUACAUUUCUAAUGAAUGGUCUUAUUCAAGGAGUAAAGGUAUACGAAUUUAACAAAGUUUGUUGAUAGUUUGUCUGUCCUAGUUUUAAAUAAGAAAGAUUGUAGGGUGAAAUACUUUAAUCUGGCAGUGAUUUUCAAGUGAUCAGAUUGGGGGGAGGGAUGCUAUGUUUUGUCACUGUACACUCGAACGUCUUAGCACAAUAGCAGGGGACGGCACCAUAGUCACUACGGUGGGCUCACAGAGCAACAAUAAGCUGAACGGAAUAGAAGUCUUCACAUAGUUAAAGGUACAUUCAUCACUUUGAGAUAACUCUCACAUUCAAAAUCUUUAGCUUUGAAUGAAAUAGUUUCCUAACUCUGCAGACGGAAAAAAAGCAUGUAAAUGUUUAUUUUAAAUUUACCUGCUUCUUCUUUCUUAUGCUUUCCAUACACUGAUCUAAACAGUAUUCUGUUCUAGGAAUCCUGGAAAAGUGCAUUGGGCAUGGCUGCCAGAUAUCCAUAUGUGCAGUUAAAAGGUCUUUUUGCCUUUCAACGUCUCCCUCACAGGGGGAGAAGAGAGAGAGAGAGAGUCUGAUCAGUCUCAUUAAUUCAGGUGCAGGGUUUUUUCUCCUGCGGCUGCACAAAGAUGCCCUAUUUAUGUCACUAGUGGACUGAUCUGAAACUGGGAUGGGUGGUUAAAUGGAGUAGGGAGCUUGAGAAACUACCUUAUAUGAGAGACGUGCCCAACAAUGCACUCUGUUUAUAGUAGUACGUUUAUAAACGUUUAAUACGUACUUUUCAAAGUUUUUCUUGUUUUAAUUUGUAUAUUUGUGUGCCUGCUGGUUUAAAAAAAUCAAUUGUCAAGUGAUGUGUCCCUUUAAACCUUUAAAAGGUUUGAUGCAAAUACAGGAAAGCAGCAGGAACUACAUACAUGGCUGUGUAAGAAAAAGACUUUGUGGUUUUGGUGGUUUCUCAUGCUGUCAGAGGUGAUAAAGCAGUAAGCAUAUUUAUCCUUUGAAAUAUAUAUCACAUGUUCCAGCUUUUGAUAAUUUAUAUGCUUGUUAUUGCUAACAAGGCUGCUUUGUACAGUCUCAAGGGACAAUAGAAUUAGUGACAAAUCUGCCUCUAGGCUGACUAAAUCUAGACUUAACAGGGCAGGCUUCUUCUCCAACCGGGAGACUUUAUCUCAAGGCAGCUAAAAUUUUUACAAUAUACAUUUUAACAUCUAGUCUUAACGUUAUACUCUUUUGAGUACAUUACAGGUAUAUACACAACCAUACUUAGGAAUAUCACACAUAAUGUCCAAAGGCACAGGAUUAACCCCUUAAGGACGGAGCCAAAUGUACACGUUGUGAACAAAACAAAACAAAAUUUAAACAAAACCUGGCAUUUGCGCCACAUGUCUGUCCAACCGUAAUUCACCUCUUUCAUAGUAAAUGCACCCACCCUUAUUAUAUAUCAUUUUAUUCAGGGGAAACAGGACUUUCAUUUAAUAUCAAAUAUUUAGCUAUGAAACAUAAUUUAAUAUGAAAAAAAUGGGAGAAAAUAAGAUUUAUUUAUUUUUUUAGUUCUACAUGACAUUUUAACGGUCAGUGUCAUAAUACUGUUUGCUUUUACUGCAAUAAAAUACACAUAUUUGUAUUCAGCAAAGUCUCACGUGUAAAACAGUACCCCCUAUGUACAGGUUUUAUGGCGUUUUGGGAAGUUACAGGGUCAAAUAUAGCACAUUACAUUUGAAAUUGAAAUUCGCCAGAUUGGUUACGUUGCCUUUGAGACUGUAUAGUAGCCCAGGAAUUAAAUUUACACCCAUAAUGGCAUACCAUUUGCAAUAGUAGACAACCCAAGGUAUUGCAAAUGGGGUAUGUCCAGUCUUUUUUAGUAGCCAUUUGGUCACAAACACUGGCCAAAGUUAGCGUUAGUAUUUGUUUGUGUGUAAAAAAUGCAAAAAACGCCAAUUUUGGCCAGUGUUUGUGACUAAGUGGCUACUAAAAAAGACUGGACAUACCCUGUUUGCAAUACCUUGGGUUGUCUACUAUUGCAAAUGGUAUGCCAUCAUAGGGGUAAUUUUCAUUCUUGGGCUACCAUAGGGUCUCAAAGGCAACGUAACCAAUCUGGCGAAUUUUAAUGUGAAAAAAAUGAAACGCAAGCCUUAUAUUCGACGCUGUAACUUUUGAAAACACCAUAAAACCUGUACAUGAGGGGUACUGUUGUACUCGGGAGACUUCGCUGAACACAAAUAUUUGUGUUUCAAAACAGUAAAAAGUAUCACAGCAAUAAUAUUGUCCGUGUAAUGCUGUUUGUGCGUGAAAAAUGCAAAAAACUUCACUUUUACUGGCGAUAUCAUCGUUGUUAUACAUUUUACUGUUUUGAAACACUAAUAUUUGUGUUCAGCGAAGUCUCCCGAGUAGAACAGUACCCCCCAUGUACAGGUUUUAUGGUGUCUCUGAAAGUUAUAGGGUUAAAUAUAGUGCUAGCAAAUUAAAUUCCCUUUACUUUCGGCAUGGGUUGUCAGGCAGGUCCUGCUAAUUGUAAUUAAUUAAGAUACCUAAUUAUGUAAAAAUAUUACAUAAAUAUAUAUGUAGAAUUAAUAUAUGUGUGUGUGUAUAUAUAUAUAUAUAUGUAUGUGUAUUUUUUAAAAUAUUUUUAUUUAUAUAUAGGUGUAUAUAUAUGUAUAUAGAUAGAUAUAUUUCGUUCUACGUGUAUUUUGAUAUAUAUAUAUUAAUUUCACAAAACAGUUAGAACGAAAUAACACACAUCUAUAUCUAUAUCUAUAUUUUUUAAUUAUUUAUUUUUAAUUAUUUUUUUAAUUUUAUUUUUUAACGUAUUUACAUUUUUAUUUUUUUUAGAUUAUAUAUAAAUAUAUAUAUAACAAUAAUUAUAUAUAUUUAAUCAGUAUCAGUCUACGUGUAAUUUGAUAUUAAUAUAUAUAUAUAUAAUUAUAUAUAUAUAUAUAUAUAUAUAUAUAUUAAUAGUAAAAUACACCUAGACAGUGUACGUGUGUAUGUAUAUGUGUGUAUAUAUAUAUAUAUAUAUAUACUUAGAUCAUAUAUAUAUAUAUAUAUAUAUAUAUAUAUAUAGUGUGUGUGUAUAUAUAUAGUGUAUAUAUAUAUGAUCUAAGUAUAUAUUAUUAUUAUUUUUUUACACUAUUUAUUUUUUUUAUUUUUAUUUUCAGCCAGCAGGGGGACCACCUGUCAUUACAGGCAGUCCCCCUGCUGGCAAUGCAGGAGGCAGCUACCCCCGGCCAUGUGAUUGUGGGGUCCUCGCAAGGACCCCACUCUCACAUGGCCGGGGGGCUUCGAGGAGGACGGACGUGCCGCGGGGGGCUCCCUGGGAGUCCCCCCCACUGCGAUCGCUGGCGACCUGGUAAGUACCGAAAGACCGGAGGGCGUACUAUUACGCCCGGCGGCGUUUAGAGCCGCCUAUAAUAGGGCGUAAUAGUACGCCCUCCGGUCUGAAGGGGUUAAUCAUAAAAAAGUAAACUAUCAGAAAUUUGCAAACUUUAGGCUAAAAUAGCUGAACUGAAAAUAAGCUGACUUUGGCCUGAAAUUUCUGUUUUCUUUGACUUCCUGAUAGUGAUGUCCCGAAUGGUUCGCCACGGAUGGCGAACAUAUGUGCUGUUCGGUCCGCCCCCUAUUCAUCAUCGAGUAAACUUUGACCCUGUACCUCACAGUCAGCAGACACAUUCCGGCCAAUCAGCAGCAGACCCUACUUCCCAGACCUUCCCACCUCCUGGACAGCUCACUGAGAAUGCAGCUUCACAAUGAAUGUAAAAUGGAUGCUGUCCAGGAGGUGGGAGGGUCUGCUGCUGAUUGGCUGGAAUGUGUCUGCUGACUGUGAGGUACAGGGUCAAAGUUUACUCAAUGAUGACAUGGGGGCGGACCGAACUGCGCAUAUGUUCGCCGUCCGCGGCGAACCGUUCGGGACAUCACUACUUCCUGACAAUAAUCCUGACAUAAUUUUACACACAUUAAUCUAUUACAAAUAUGUUUCUUUACCGACAGUGCAUUAAAGGGACACUAUAGGCACCCAUACCACUCUAUCUCAUUAAAGUGGUCUGGGUGCAUUGUCCCUGUCACCAUAACUUUGCAAUCUUCUAUGCAGACUGUAGUGACGCUUCCUGCAGUUUCACAGUGUUUAACUCGGUGAAACGACGCUGGACAUCCUGUGCAUGAGAACGUCCAGCGUCUUGCAAAACUCCUUUGGAAAUCAGUCAAUGCUUUCCUAUGGCGAAGGCUUAAUGCGCUCACUGCUCAUUUCCUGGAUCCAGAGCAGAUAGACUUCGGCACUGAAAUCAGGUAACUGUAUUAAGGUUGUUUUUUUGUUUGUUUUUUUAAACUCUUUUAUGGACGUCAGGGGACUGGAGAGGCAUAGUGUCAGGAAUACAUUUUGUAUUCCUAACCGCAACAACAUGGUGGUAUGUUGCUCUUGGCACCAUUGCACCAGUGUUCUGUCAGAAUGUCGUUUCACAAAAUCAGUGCAUUCCUUUCUACCUUUUUCCUGCCCCCUCUGCACUUGAAUGUGGAAAUUAAAGGUUACUCAUUAUUAAGUGUGAAUUUGUCCAAACCUGGACAGUAAUAAUAGGCUAGUAGUGUUUGGGGUAGGAAUAUUUAUAAGCUAUACUGCACAUACUUCUCAUCCCUAUGACACACAGCACCCAUAGCAUCAACAUCAUAUGCAGUAUUCAAAAGCUUAGAACGUUCACAGUGCUCACUACAACCCUAACAUAGCAACAAUCCAAACUGUUGAUUAUUUAAUUCAGAUAAGCACAAUAUAAGCAUUAAUUUUAUUAUAAUUAUAUUAUUGUUUGUUUGCACCAGCAAGCGUGCUAUUCUGUUUUAAGAUUUUAUAUAAAAAUAUAAUGAAAAUGUUUAAGGAGGUCAUCGGUAAUGAAUUUUGAUGGUAUCAUUUAUAAAGCAGUUGUUAUAGCUAAAGAAUAAAUCCAGAACAUCUGCUACAGGAUUUUUGGCAACGACAACCGUGCAAGAUUCUGGAAAAGUCUGUGCUGAAACAAGUUAACCCUUUACACACGCAAAUCAGUAACACAGAGCCUUUGUUAUUACUUAGUAUUACAUUUGAGUUCUGAAGUUUAGCAGUAAUUUGCUCAUUGAUAAUACUUUGCAUACAUUGCAAAAAAUAACACUAGUUAUGGUUUAUUUUUUUAUUUAUUUGUUUUAGGCCCCUCUCCCUUUGUAUUUUAUUACACACACACAUUUUAUUACACACACAUACAGAAUAUAAAUAUAUUUUUUCACUUUAACAUACCUUAAUGCAGAAAAACCUCAAUAUUGUAAGGGAAUAGCAGACAAUGGGAAUAUAAAUUGGAUUUAUUUUUAAGUGGUACGUCAGAAAGUAAGAAAGUCAUAACAUUUCCUUCUAAGGUUAUUUAUUUUUUACAGUGCAGCCACUGUCCCAUUUGAAAUGUUGAAUAUAUUAUUAUUAUUAAUAUUCUCUUAAAGGAUCACAAUAGGGUCAGGAACACAAACAUGUAUUUCUGACCCUAUAGGGUUAAAAACACCAUCUAGCCCCCUUGGGCCCCUCAUGCCUCCAUAAAUAUAGCAAAAUCUUACUGUAUUCAAGCCAGAAGCUGUAGAUCUGCAUGCUGUUUGCCUAAAAAAAAAAAAAAAAAAAGCAGUCUGCUGACAUCAUCAGAAGUGGUAGCCUGAUCCAAUCACAAGGCUUCCCCAUAGGAUUGGCUAAGACUGACAAGGAGGCAGAUCAGGGGCAGAGCCAGCAUGAUUCAAACACAGCCCUGGCCAAUCAGCAUCUCCUCAUAGAUGCAUCUCUAUGAGGAAAGUUCAGUGUCUGCAUGCAGAGGGAGGAGAUACUGAAUGUUUGGAUGCAUUUUAGGUUGCCAUGACCCGGGAAGGAUCUCUAACCACUAUCUAGUUGUUCUGGUGACUAUAGUGUCCCUUUAAGCUGAAGAUCUAAGCAGUUUGGCAAUAUAUAUAAAUUUAAUUUUCUUUGUUGCUGUAUAUGUCACAUGAGAGCACAUGAUAUGUGAUGCUAUUAAUGGAGUGCAAGUUAAAGAGACAGUGUAAGCACCAUAACCACGACAUAGCAAUGUUCUUGGGCUGCAGAAUCUGUUUCCAGGUUCUUGAGCAAACUUUGAGUGGCACACUGAGCAAUGCUCGGACUCACUGGAAUUUUUUUGAUUGUCUGUAUGAUCCAGUCCGCUGACACAUCAAGCCAGUCAAUACCAUCCAAGUAUACAUGAAAUUGAUAUGGCCUGUGCGGAAGUGGAACAUAUGCAUUAGCAAUACCAACUACCAGUGGUUUUGCUGCAUAAAUAGAGAAGCAUAAAAUCCCUACCUUACCAAUGAGAAGCACUGCAAGUACCUCAGGAGAAGCACCCUAUGGCUCUGACUAGGGAAUAACCGAUUAUUGAUUUGGCUGAUCAUUAGAACCGACAUGCUUCAUUUUUCUAAUAAUCAGACUCGAUUGGAAAAAUUACAGAUACUGCCCAUAACAUAAGGUACUUUACCUCCUCCUGUCACAGCACGCUGUCUUCCUCAUCCAGCCGCCAGCCAAUAAGUUGGCACGUUGCGCAACCUCAUGUCACCACUCCCUGCAUGGAUUGUCUGGUAGUGGUUAGAGGUUGAUUGCUGACAGCAAAACAUUCUUAUCAAUUAAAGCACUGUACAUGUUGGGAUCUCACGGAUCCAAUCAUGCACAGGCUGCCUGAGAGUGUGAUUGCUGUCAGCAUGUUCAGUAAUGCCAGAUUUGUGUAGAACUUGUGUUGCUUUUUCAAAACUUUAAAUGUACACAAUAUCUGCCAUGUUCAGGCAAUCAGCCUGAAAGGCGACUAGAAAUCUGUAUCGGUAUUGGCUCUGGAAAAGCAAUAUUGAUCGAUCAUUAGCCCUGACAGCCAAAAUAGUGCAACUUGGGUAAUUUAGAAAAGGGAUGAUUUCUCUUGAAAUUGGCAUUUAAAGAAAAUUAAAACAAAGGGGAUUCUUUUUAACUCAUGAAGCACUUUAGUAUGCAGAAAUGCUUAAGGAGCUUGGAGUGUUCUUUAGCAUCCAAAUAUAUAAAAAGAAAUUAUUAAAACUGACCAAGCUAAUUUGAGCUCAACGCAAAUUUAAAAUUUCAGUGGUUGAAUUUUAAGUAUAAAAGCAUAUGGAGUAGUCUAAAAGAAGGAAUUGUUUGGCUUCAGAAUGAAUUUCAGAUUGUAGACCAGAGUAGCUAAACCGAAAACACCUGACUGAGAAUUUUUCCAGUUUGCAAUUCACAUCGCAUUCCUGACACAUCACACUUUUCUGAAUAACCUUGUAAGUCUUUUUCUUUUUUCUCCUCUGUUAAGCAGACUCCCCAUAGUAGCUCAAUAUUUGGUUAAAGGAUCCUAGAGGGCCAGGAAAACAAACCUGUUUUCCUGGCACUAUAGGCUCCUGUAGGGUCCCACUUCCCGUGGGGCUGAAGGGGUUAAACCCCUUCAGCCACUUACCUGAAUCCAGCGCAGAUUUACCUCGGUGCUGGGUUAGGCUCCGCCCACGCUCCUCCGCCAACUGGGAGACCUAAUGUGCAAUAGCCGCAUUUGCAUUAGACCUUCCCAUAGGAAAGUAUUAUUCAAUGCUUUCCUAUGAGGAAAAUCUGACACUGUAGGUCUGUGAGGACGUCCAGCGUCAGAUAACGGACCAAAAAUCCGUUUAGAUUCCGGAAGCCCUCUAGUGGCUGGCUGUUAGACAGCCACAGAGGACAGACUUAGAGCUGCAAUGUAAACAUUGCAGUUCUCUGGAACUGCAAUGUUUAACAUUGCAGCACUAAGUGCAAAAGGGACACAGCACACAGACUACUUUAAUGAGCUGAAGUGGUCUGGGUGCCUACACUGUCCCUUUAAGCUCGUUAAUUAUAAAUGGUAAUUAUAUUCAAAAUCAAACCUAAAUAUUGACAUCUUUGUGCAUAAUUGAAAUUGAUAAUAACUUGCAUGAAAUGUAUGCAAAUACUCAAUCUUAUUUGCACACUUCAGAUGUGUACAUUAUAUUAACUUGUGUUUUGGUUACUUUUACUGGACCAGCAAUGCCAAGCAUUAAGUGCAGGUGACAGCCAGGCCUGUGGAUAAGAGUGUACCAGUCAUGAAGCCAUAAGCUACUUUGUUCCCCCAAACCUUUUUUUUAAAUGAAUUUCCUGUUUAAUAACCGGGAGCAUGAGCUGGAUCAAAGGAUUCCUUGUGGCUAGCAAGACAAAGGUUAAUCCUAUCUGCUGAUUCCUUUUGAUUAGUGGCUCUGGUUAGUUAUUUGUUUCAUAUGGAAGUUGCAUUAUGUAUAACUUUAGCAUUGCCUAUACAGGGUGCUUCCUGAUUUGCUUUUGUUUUUUUUGUUUUUUUGUAUUUUAUUUAUUUAUUUUAAUAAUUUGGAAAAGGGUACAGAAUAAAGUGAGGAAGAGGACAAAAGAAAUAGCACACAACCAACAAUAUGUAUAAUUUGUACAUUAUGUAUGUAAAUUGCACCAAUACAGCUUUCUACAGUAGGAUAUAAUAUUUAGUUUGGUAUUGCUGAUACUGAGGCAAGUGUAAUUGGCGUGUCUGGAUUUUAUAUCUAGGUCCCCCUUGUGCUGACAAAACAGCUCUGAUGUGUCUAGGUAUGGACCUCUGAUCGUGUCCUGUGGUAUCUGGCAUUAUGAUAUUAGCGGCAGAUCCUUAAGUCCUGCAAGUUGUGAGGAUGAGCUUCCAUGGAUCAGAUUUGUUGUCCCAGCAUAUCCCACAGGUGGCGAAUUGAGAUAUGGGGAAUGUGGAGGCCAAGGCAAACCGUUCCUGAAUAAUUUUUCCAGUGUUGCAGGAUGCAUUAUCCUACUGAAAGAGGCCACUGCUAUGAGGGGCAAAUGGUCCUCAACAAUCUCUCGAUAGGUGGUAUGGGACAAAGCAGUAUCCGUAUGAAUACCAGGACCCAAGGUUUCCCGAUAGAACAUUGCUCAGAGAAAUUCCUCAUGCGACCUGCUCUUUUCCCAUAGUGCAUCCUGCUGCCUUCUCAUCUCCUGGUAAACUAUGCACACGCAUCCACAUGAUCUAAAAAAAACCAAAAAAAAAAAACCUGAUUCGUCAGACCAAAACUUCCAUAUCUCCAUGGUACAGUUCUGAAGCUCAUGACGCCAUUGAAGGCGCUUUCGGCUGUGGACAGGUGACACAGAACCAUAUGCAGCAAACAGCGAUGUACUGUCUGCAGCCCCUGUGACACUGGGUACUUACCUUGACAAUCCAGGCAGUCCCCCAGCAGUCAAUUUGGUCCUUCCGGGCCAUGUGAUUUGCAUGCAACAAAGUGUCCAUUAAAUUUCAAGAAUUUAAAUAUCAGUAUGGCAGGUGGAAAGAAUAGUGGAGGGCAGAUAAAAGAAUAAUUUUUCUUUACUGUUAUUGUGAAUGAUGACAGAGAACUUGAAUCAAGAACAAAGAAAGUGGAUUCCAAAGCAAUACUGGAAGACUGACAAUGCUGAGCAGGUGCACAAAUAAGCAUUUGACACUCCUCCACCAACACAUCUAACAAUUUUUCGUAUUAUGAGGUUAAAUAGUGUAUAGUUAUCAAACUCAAACCUACAUGGGGGGUAGUAUUGUACUUGGGAAGGCUUUGCUGGACACAAAAUAGUGUUUUAAAAUUUGAUUAUAUCAUCAGUGAAAGUGCUGUUUUUUGUGUGAAAAAUGUCAAAAAACACAAAUAUGAAUGCUCACUUUGGCCAGGGUUUGUUAUCAAGUGACUUCUAGAAAGACUGGAAGUCAAAUGUUAGGUUUUGUUUUAAUCAGGGAUCCACCUUUAGACAAGUUUUGUCAACAUGACCUCCAUACAUACUAGUAAAAUCACCUCUUACACAGAAACAAGGUGCUUAUAUAGAAGCAGAUUAAAUUAUUUUUAGUUUAUUUAUGGUGGCUGAGCCACUUUAAAACUCCAAGAACUGGGGUCUACCUGAAUUUGUUACCCAAAUCUUUCAGAUUUCAAAGUUUUAAUAUUAAAUUUAACCUAUACGUCUUCUUGCACAACUAAUUGAACUCAAAUGGGGAAAAAAGUAAAUCUAGUUAAAUACAACAAAACCCAUUUUCUACAUCCAUUUUGAAACCGAUGAAUCACAACUUGGCUCUCACCCCAGUUUUCAACAUUGGAUUGUUUGCAAGCCCUUUCUUUGAAGAAAUAUGUGCAAGUGGGAUUUGGAUAUAAAAUCUGAUACAGCUGUAGAGACUUUAGGCUGCACACACCUAUUUCAUUUGCCUGCAGCAAAAAUACCCCAUCAUGGUGAAAUGAUCUGAAAGCAUGUAGUUAGCGGAAAUAUAAAUCGAUUUCCCUCAAUUAUAUUCCUAAUUUUAACUCUUUAUUCACUUCAUAUUUUACCAUUUAUUUCAAAUGUUUAGUAAUGAUGGUUAUUCCUUGUGCUGAAAUUAUACUCCUAAAACCGUUCAUGUAGUACAUGUGCAUUAAAAUGUAUAUUAAUAUGUAUUCCUGACUCUAUAGUGGUAAAAUUACCAAUUAGGUGGCUUGCCUUCGCUUAUCCCACUUAAAAGGUAAUAAAAUGUAUUUAUCUUCCAGCGCCGUGCUGGUCCACCAUCGCUGGCCAUGCCCCCUAUCCGCCUUCUUGCUGACCUCAGAAUUUAUUAUUUUUAGCCAAUUGGCACUGGAUUGGCUUGAAUCGCCAAGAAGGCGCGACAGUGGCUGGGCUAAACGCCGGCUUGGCCAGUCAGCACUACCUCAUAGAGAUGUAUUGGAUCAAUGCAUCUCUUUGAGGAAAAUUCAUCGUCUCCAUGCAGAGCUUGAAGAUGCUGAACUGCAAUGCUGCACUGAAGCCUGAAGGGAAUGAUUCUUCUCACCAGAAGAAAUACAAUAACCUGUAGCUGUUGUCGGGACUAUAGUGUUCCUUUAAGCAUAGUGAAAAUAUUAGAUGGUUUGAGAAUAAUAUAAUUUUUUCUAAUGGUGCUAUACUAAGAACAACAUAAAAGUGACUUUGUUGUGUUUUUUUUUUUCUUCUUCUACUCUCCUUUUUACAUAAAUGUACAAUGCCUUGUUAAGCAUUAGCAAUUAGGUCCCUCCCACUUAUAAACCUGUAAACCAAGAACAAGCUUAUCUGGAACCCGAUGUUGAGUAUAGCUCCCCAUGCUGGCUUUUGCACCCAGGUCUAACCUCACUGUCUCCGUUGUGAGGUCCAAUUAAAUGCCUCUCAUUGAGAAGCAUUUAAUUGGAUCGUUUUCUCUGGCUCAGAGCACAUGCAUCUGAGAAAGGGAAGGCAGGUAGUGGGAAGUAGACACAGGGUAGAAUUUAAACAUCCAUUUUAGAAAAAUGGCCUAAUACUAGAUAGGGGUCAUGUAGGAGGGGAGGGGACUUUUAAGCUUCCCCUUGCAGGCACAUGGCCAGCUAGAGUAGAAGCCGAUAACAUCUGUCACCAGCUUCUACCCUCGCUGGAAGUGCGCGUGAACAGAAUUGAUAUUCAGCUGAUCGGCACAGAGGUGGAGCAUGUGAAAAAGUGCAUUGCAAAUAUGUCUGUAUGUGCAGUGUUUAAAACAGAAAUGCUGCACUUACAUACUCCUAGUACCAUGGCCACUUCUAAAUGCAGAAGUAUUGGUAGUGGCUGGACUAACCCUUUGAGCACACACCAAUUAUGCUUCUUUGUGGAUAAGUAUGUGGUCAGUUUAAAUAAUGACAUUGGUAUACUGUUGACUAGCAUAAAAGUAGUUAUUUGCACCGUUCAUAUCUUCAUUGAGCUGUGUGGAGUGUUUUUGAUUCAAAAUGAAAUUAUACUCUUUUAUCCUAUUUGUAUAUUUUUUCCUGUUGUUUUAAUUAUCCACCUUGAUGAUGGCCACAAAAAACAUUAUAAAUGUAGUUUUUGGAGGGUUUUUUUGGAGUGUGGGGGGGAGGGGGUGAAGGGAGGGUUUAUCGGUAGUAUUUUUUUUGUUUUAACUAUCACUAUUUACAUUAAUCUAUUUCUUUUAGCCUUUUACAUUUUUGAAUGAGUAGUUUGAAAACACAAUUUCUCUUAUGAACAGACUUUCACUUGCUGUGAGAGGAUUUUAUGUCGUAAUUCCAUCUGGCCAGCAAAGCUUGUCACACAUUGUUGGGUAUACAUGAUGCACGCGAGCGAUGGACAAUCUCCAGCACUGCAGCUGUUUUUAAAUUGUGGCCAUCCUCAAAUGGCUGUGUGCUUUCUGCCUGAUCAUUUUUUUUUUUUACCUGGCAGCUGGAGGGCUGAAGCUUGUAUAUCCAUGGUGCACAUUGUUCAAGCAGAAUUGAUGUACUCAGCAUAAAUUAAUUUUUCUGUAACUUGAUAGUACAGCAGCCUCUUACAUUUUUUUUCCCUAACUUUGAAAGACAAUAUGUGGAACAUGAAUGAAUAUCUGUUAAAACUCAUUAGAAAUGCUAAUUCUACUAAUAUAUUAUGCAUCGUUUUGUAUUCACUCCAACAGACUAUUUUUUAUAAAUGCCAAAUUUACAGUUAACAUGUAAUCGUUUAGCUGUAUGUGAGUGCUAAUUUUUGUAAUCUUUACUCUGCAGGGCUUUUUAUCGUUUAUGAGUGCUCCUCUAAUAGGUGCGUUAUCAGACGUAUACGGAAGAAAAUCUUUCCUUCUUGUCACUGUUAUCUUUACUUGUUUUCCAAUCCCACUAAUGAGGAUAAGUCCAUGGUGAGUAGUGAGAAGCUGCUUUAAUUAAAUUUUGCAAUUCCAGUAUUGUCUACAGGUUAGGGAAAAAAAACAGUAACAACCUCUUGUUUAACCAAUAUGUUAUGCUUCACUUAUGGAGCUUUGAAAACAUCUGACUUGUUUUGGUAUUACUUGCGGUUUGUUGAAAAAUUUAUUGAAUGUAUCCUAAUGACAAUACAAAGGCUAACAGCCCGAUUUAGAGUCUGGUAAAAAAAAAAAGCAAAUGUUGGUUUAACAAUUUAAAAAAAAUGUUUUUUAAUAUUUAGUAUCAGUAGGCUUAAAUGUCUGUUUUCUAGAGUAAUACCAACUCGCCUUUAAGCUUUUACAUUUCUGAAAAUGUAAUCACAUUAACCCUUUAAAGGGACACUCUAAGCAACAACACCGUUUUAGUUUAGUCAAAGUGGUUUUGGUGUAUAGUCUCACUAGUCCAUUAUCUGCUAUUUAGGAUAUAAAUCACUUUCUUUAUGCAGCCAUAGCCACACUUCCCCUGGCUGAGACGCACACAGUGCUCCCCCUCCACUCAUUGAAAAUUUAGCUUCCCUUAUUCCAUAGUGUGUUUAAUUUAGAAUUUAUUGUCUCCUGCUUUAAUUACCUCCUAGAGAAACCUUGUGUGUGAUUAAAGUUUUCGUAAAGGAACACUAUAGUCACCUAAACAACUUUAGCUUAAUGAAACUGUUUAGUGUAUAGACCAUGCCUCUCAACAGGUUUCACUGCUCACUUCACUGCCAUUUAGGCGUUAAAUCACUUUGUUUCUUUUUAUGAAGCCCUUGCCACACCUCCGAUGGCUCUGAUUGACACAGCCUGCGUGAAAAAAAACUGGUUUGAAUUUCAAUCAGAUAUAAUUUACCUUAAACAAUUUUAUCUCUUGCUCUGUAAAUUGAACUUGAAUCACAUACAGGAGACUCGUACAGGGUCUAGCAAGCUAUAAAUAUAGUUAGGGAUAAGAAAAUCUAAAUUAAAUAGAACUUGCAAUAAAGGAAGGAUAAACAUUAGAUGACUCUUUACAGGAAGUGUUUAGCAAGGCUAGGCAAGUCACAUGCAGGGAGGUGUGACUAGCGUUUAUAAACAAAGUGAUUUAACUCCCGAAUGGCAGAUAAUUGAGCAUUGAGACUGCAGAGGCAUGUUCUAUACACCAAAACUGUUUCAUUAAGCUAAAGUUGUUCUGGUGACUAUAGUGUCCCUUUAACAGAACAGGAUAUCAGAAUUUCUAUAGUAAUCACUGUGUGCUAUGAGAUUGAAUUGAAAAUUAAAGCUUUUUUAAUGAAGGUUGUUUGAGUCACAGCUAGGGGUGGCUAGAGAUGCAGAAAUAAAAGGGGAUGCUGAUACUAUUGCAUUCAAUAAGAAAAACAUGUUACUAAUUGUUGCCUCUUUACUUGACAGGUGGUAUUUUGCUAUGAUUUCUGUAUCUGGGGCAUUCUCUGUUACAUUUUCUGUAAUAUUUGCUUAUGUUGCGGACAUAACACAGGAACAUGAAAGAAGUACAGCUUAUGGACUGGUAAGAGAACUUUUGCAUAUCUGGGUUUUUGGAUAUAUAAUAUCAGCAUCCUUUUAUGAGGAUAUGUGAACCUUGGCUAUACAUUUGCAGGUAAUUUGGGGUGUUCACUUCAUGUCAAUUUAUUCCUGGUUAGAAUUGAUUGAAUUAUUAAACAAGAGCAUUACAUGCCUAUUCACUAAAGUGAAUGAUCAAAUGUAAGGCCAGAGAAGCAGAAUUGGAAGUAUAGCUGAAUCUUUUAAUUUUGGCUAAUAUUACCUUAAAGGAAAAAAAUAAUUUGUUGUAUAGCGUCUUUGUCACUGCCCCUCUCACCACUUCAAUUUCUCACUUUAGUGAAUAAUCCUGGGUUAAUGCUAUUUUUUUCUGCACAAAAAUAUAUAUUUUUAAAAAAAAAAUGUUUAUUCUUGCAUAUAUUUUAGGUAUCUGCUACAUUUGCAGCAAGUCUUGUGACCAGCCCAGCAAUUGGUGCUUAUAUCUCUGAAUAUUACGGGGAUAAUCUUGUUGUUCUUGUGGCGACUGUUGUUGCACUCUUGGAUGUCUGUUUCAUCUUGUUAGUCGUGCCAGAAUCUCUCCGAGAGAAAAUGAGACCUACUUCAUGGGGAGCUCCGAUCUCCUGGGAGCAGGCUGACCCAUUUGCAGUAAGGAUUUGAUUUAUUUUAUAUGGAAAUUUUUAUUUAUCUUUUUUGCUUUUUUUUUUUUUUUCCUCCUCUCUACUUAUUCCAGUUAUGUUGUGUAUGUGUUUGCAAGAGUAAGUAAAUGGUUUCUUUUGUUGCAAUGUAAUAAUACACAUGUGAAAUAUAGCUAAAAGGCAGAUAUUCCAGGGCCAUCACAGGAUAAAAGUACCUUGAUUCCAGUUGAUGGCAUUGGCAUGUGAUUCAACAAUGGAAACAUCUACCAAGAUCUUUGGUUCAGUUUUUUUCAUUUUUUUUUUUUUUUGAGAAACUGUGUAAAACUGUCAGUUGAUAGUUUAGCGUUAAAGUGACAUUAUAAGCACCAGAACAAAUGUAGCUUAAUAAAGCAAUUUUGGUGUACAGCACUCAGCAGGGACUAUGUUUUGUACUGACUUAAACUUGGUACAUAAUGCAGCACAUAUUUAAUAUUCUCUUCUACGUAUUUGGCAUAUGCUUUAAUCAAGGAACAUUAUUUAAAGUAACCUACUGCAAUUUUAGAGUAUUUCAUAAAGAUAUUUUUUUUAAAUGAAACAUACAUGUUGACUGCUUGCAAUUGCUUUGAAACUACAAUGUAAUCAAAAGAUAUAAUACAAAAUACAGGCUACUUUGUCUUAUCGCCUAAGUUGACAGAGCUUGAGAAAAGUUGGGGUUGCUGCCUUUAAAGGAAAACUAUAGUGUUACGAAUAGAAAGCUGUAUUACAAACACUACAGUGUCUCUCUUUCCAUUUAAGCUAGGAAACUCGCACACCAAGACAGUUGGUUUAUGGAGUAUCUCACAGGAUCCUCCAGGGAUGUCUGUUUUAUACUCUUGUGAAAAAAAAUGGCAGUACCUAUAAGGGUGCUUGUGUAUCUACCUUCAGACUGUCAUAAAAUAAAUGGGCAAACCACCUUCUGGACUCUCUGCAAAAUGUGCAAAGUCUUUGAAGUUGACAAAGCUGAUUUAAUAGAAAUGUACAAAAGAAGGUAAUAGCGCUAAAAUAGACCAAUCCUAUAAAUAGGUAAAGUAGGAGGCAGUAACCUAAAAAUAGGGUUCCCUCUGAGCCCUAUGAACAAAGGUAAUAUGCAAGACAAAACAGAAGAAGGUUGCGCCAAAGCUGACGAAAGUGCAGCUAAAAUGAACAAAGUCCCAAGUGUAAGUGGUGCCAAACCAAAGUCUUUAGUUGGGCCUGAUGGGGCACCGACGGCCUAUGUGGAGGAGUAUUCGCUCUAAGGGUCACUUGAAGAUGGCUUUUCAGGAUCUGUAUGUAAAGAAAGAAACAAAUAAUAGUGCAAGUACGUCUGAUAAGAAGGUGGAUAUGCAGGAAGAAGAGAUCUAUAGUAAUCCUACUCACGUGUAGUAGAGCUGAACUAGCUCUAGUGUGGAUGGCAUACAGCGGUACAAUCCCCACUUAUAGGAUACAUAGAGAAGUAUUGGUCUUUUACUCCGUAUGUGGAAGAGAAAGACAGAUGAUAGGGCAGUACGUCGGGUAAAGAUAGUGUAUAUAACGGAGUCUAAUACAGUCCUACUCACGUUUAGUAGAGCUUAAGCCAGCUCUAGUAUGAAUAACAUACAGCGGUAUAAUCCCCGCUUGUAGGAUGCGUGUAGAGGGUUAAGUCUUUUGCCGAUAUGUAGAUCAUAAGCGAGAAGAGAGACAACUAAUAGUGCUCUCUGUAUAAAAUCUUAUGUAAGGAGUAUAAAUAAUAAAAUGUGUACUCACAUAGGAUUGAGCACACGGACUGCUCAAUGACUUAGGCGUGAGUGGUAUAAUCCCCACCUCGGAUGUCUUUGGAGUAAUACACAGCAGGAAAGAUAAAAUCAGGAUACCAAGCAAAAAUAAUACAUAAAAGAGUAAAAUGGCACAAUCAGUGAUUUAAAAGUAGCCAAAAUACCUUUAUUUGGAAUACAGAAUAAAAUAUAUACAAUAUCCACAACAUGUUUCACCUAUAAUGACUUUAUCAAGUGGAGACAAAAAAAACAUGCUUGGUAGGCUAGGGGUUAUAUAUGAUACUCACAUUCAAUAUUCAUGAAUUUAAAAUAUAUUAUGUUUUUGUUUUCUCUUUUAGUCAUUGAAAAAAGUUGGGAAAGACUCCACAGUUCUUCUGAUUUGUAUCACAGUCUUCUUUUCUUAUUUACCAGAAGCUGGGCAAUAUUCCAGCUUUUUCCUCUACUUAAGACAGGUAAGUUUGGAAAGCAGCUAAUAUCUAAUUUUACAUUAUUUGCACACUAAUUUACUAUAAAGUAAAAUGAAUAUUAAAAUAAUUUAACAAACAGUGAUUUUUCUUUUUUCUCUAGUAGUAAUGUUAAUUCUUACCUUAUUUUGAUUGCCUCCUAGUUAAGGUUCAAUGAUCAAAACAUACAAACCAUUAUAAGGAGUCAGACAUCACACUGUGUGCAUUUUGGUUGUAAACACAUUAUGGUUUUAAUGUUAUACUUUUUCAUUUUAACUGCAAGUGGUAUUGAUUAAAUCAUCAAUCUAAGCACUAUAAACACUUCAUGGUGAAGUAAGUUCCUCUUCCAUAUUAGCAAUGUCAAUUUCACCGGUAAUUUAUUCCAUUCAUUGCCUUAAACUGUUUUUAAUCUACUGCAUGCAAUAGAUUAUUAUUACAGUUGCCUACAAUAAUCUCUUUAAAGUAGAAUUUCUUCCAACACUCCUGUUAGGCAAAAAAUAAAAUAAAAAACACACUGUUCAUCUACAACCUUCUUUUAUAGCUUAUUUAAAGGUUUCUUGUAUGCCUCACACUAUAAGGUGUACAUUUUUACAAGUAAGGGAAUCCUUUUAUCAACAAGCGUUAAUUUAACCCACAAGGAUAAGCUGUGAAAUGACAUCAGUUAAAUACACUGCUCAAAAAAAUAAAGGGAACACAAAAAUAACACAUCCUAGAUCUGAAUGAAUUAAAUAUUCUUCUGAAAUACUUUGUUCUUUACAUAGUUGAAUGUGCUGACAACAAUCACACAAAUAAAAAAAUGGAAAUCAAAUUUUUCAACCCAUGGAGGUCUGGAUUUGGAGUCACACUCAUAAUUAAAGUGGAAAAACACACUACAGGCUGAUCCAACUUUGAUGUAAUGUCAUUAAAACAAGUCAAAAUGAGGCUCAGUAGUGUGUGUGGCCUCCACGUGCCUGUAUGACCUCCCUACAACGCCUGUCCAUGCUCUUGAUGAGGUGUCUGAUGGUCUCCUGAGGGAUCUCCUCCCAGACCUAGACUAGAGCAUCUGCCAACUCCUGGACAGUCUGUGGUGCAACAUGACGUUGUUUGAUGGAGCGAGACAUGAUGUCCCAGAUGUGCUCAAUUGGAUUCAGGUCUGGGGAACGGGCGGGCCAGUCCAUAGCAUCAAUGCCUUCGUCUUGCAGGAACUGCUGACACACUCCAGCCACAUGAGGUCUAGUAUUGUCUUGCAUUAGGAGGAACCCAGGGCCAACCGCACCAGCAUAUGGUCUCACAAGAGGUCUGAGGAUCUCAUCUCGGUACCUAAUGGCAGUCACAUGGAGGGCUGGAGAGCACAUAGAGGGCUGUGCGGCCCCCCAAUAAAAUGCCACCCCACAUCAUUACUGACCCACUGCCAAACUGGUCAUGCUGGAGGAUGUUGCAGGCAGCAUAACGUUCUCCACGGCGUCUCCAGACUCUGUCACAUCUGUCACGUGCUCAGUGUGAACCUGCUUUCAUCUGUGAAGAGCACAGGGUGCCAGUGGCGAAUUUGCCAAUCUUGGUGUUCUCUGGCAAAUGCCAAACGUCCUGCAUGCUGUUGGGCUGUAAGCACAACCCCCACCUGUGGACGUCGGGCCCUCAUACCACCCUCAUGGAGUCUUUCUUACCGUUUGAGCAGACACAUGCACAUUUGUGGCCUGCUGGAGGUCAUUUUGCAGGGCUCUGGCAGUGCUCCUCCUGUUCCUCCUUGCACAAAGGCGGAGGUAGCGGUCCUGCUGCUGGGUUGUUGCCCUCCUACGGCCUCCUCCACGUCUCCUGUACUGGCCUGUCUCCUGGUAGCGCCUCCAUGCUCUGGACACUACGCUGACAGACAUAGCAAACCUUGCCACAGCUCGCGUUGAUGUGCCAUCCUGGAUGAGCUGCAAUACCUGAGCCACUUGUGGGGGUUGUAAACUCCGUCUCAUGCUACCACUAGAGUGAAAGCACCACCAACAUUCAAAAGUAAACCAAAACAUCAGCCAGGAAGCAUAGGAACUGAGAAGUGGUCUGUGGUCACCACCUGCAGAACCACUCCUUUAUUGGGGGUGUCUUGCUAAUUGCCUAUAAUUUCCACCUGUUGUCUAUCCCAUUUACUCAACAGCACGUGAAAUUGAUUGUCACUCAGUGUUGCUUCCUAAGUGGGCAGUUUGAUUUCACAGAAGUGUGAUUGACUUGGAGUUACAUUGUUUUGUUUAAGUGUUCCCUUUAUUUUUUUGAGCAGUGUGUAGUAGAUAGAUGAUUGCAAAAAUGAGUGUCAGCGCUAUAACAUUACAUUAGUCGAUCAAUAUAAGUAUGGAAACCAACAACUUAUAAUUGUGGGUUGAUAAUAUAUAUAUAUCAGACCAUAUGUACCACAAGAAGUUUGAUUACACACACAAAAAAAUAUAUGUAUAAAACUUGCUCAAGGGUCCAAAAAGUCCUGGGUGAAAGUCUUUAAGAGGUUAAUCUUGUCUUGCAGCAGAGAUGUAACAUCUAUGGAUACACUGUAGCUCAGUGAAGGGUGUACUUUAAAAGGAUACAAAAAAGCUUUCCAUAGGAUAUUAUUCAUAUAAAAAGAUUCCCUCUCCCCCAAAUAAAAACCCUUACAUGAACAAGUAGUGGUACUCGUCUCCAAGAUACCACAUAAACACUUAAAUGAUUCAGAGGCUUGACAGCCGUUUACCAUCCACGGUCACUGCAAUGCAAAAUCACGCCCGAUCUCAGCGCUGAAUAGUCUGAGUGUUCGUGCAGACAGGAGAUCUUAGUUUAGAAUCGAUGCUAGCAGGCUGUAAUCCUCAGACCUCUGAUUGUGAAUGCCGAUCGCACUUCAACGCGUUUUGCCCGCUGUACUGGGCUUUCUCAAGAUAGUGUCGGCUGUUGGGAGCGUUCUUAUAUACGUUCCUCUCAAAUCUAUUAAUGGCAGACUGCUGGUAUAAUUUUUCAUUAUACAUGUUAUACAUAUAAACAUUCCUAAUUGAAACACAGUAUGCCAUAAAUACUAAUGUUCUAUCUCCACAAAAAUUAUGCCAAAAUAAAUUUCAAUAAAAUACAAUAAAAGAAAUACAUAAAUUACACGAUAAACAAGUAUUAAAAAAAAUUGUUGUAGUUUGUCAAUGCAAAAAAGACCUUGACUGAGAAGUUCUGCAUCUAUAAAUUAUAUGUAUACAGGGAGUGCAGAAUUAUUAGGCAAAUGAGUAUUUUGACCACAUCAUCCUCUUUAUGCAUGUUGUCUUACUCCAAGCUGUGUAGGCUCGAAAGCCUACUACCAAUUAAACAUAUUAGGUGAUGUGCAUCUCUGUAAUGAGAAGGGGUGUGGUCUAAUGACAUCAACACCCUAUAUCAGGUGUGCAUAAUUAUUAGGCAACUUCCUUUCCUUUGGCAAAAUGGGUCAAAAGAAGGACUUGACAGGCUCAGAAAAGUCAAAAAUAGUGAGAUAUCUUGCAGAGGGAUGCAGCACUCUUAAAAUUGCAAUGCUUCUGAAGCGUGAUCAUCGAACAAUCAAGCGUUUCAUUCAAAAUAGUCAACAGGGUCGCAAGAAGCGUGUGGAAAAACCAAGGCGCAAAAUAACUGCCCAUGAACUGAGAAAAGUCAAGCGUGCAGCUGCCACGAUGCCACUUGCCACCAGUUUGGCCAUAUUUCAGAGCUGCAACAUCACUGGAGUGCCCAAAAGCACAAGGUGUGCAAUACUCAGAGACAUGGCCAAGGUAAGAAAGGCUGAAAGACGACCACCACUGAACAAGACACACAAGCUGAAACGUCAAGACUGGGCCAAGAAAUAUCUCAAGACUGAUUUUUCUAAGGUUUUAUGGACUGAUGAAAUGAGAGUGAGUCUUGAUGGGCCAGAUGGAUGGGCCCGUGGCUGGAUUGGUAAAGGGCAGAGAGCUCCAGUCCGACUCAGACGCCAGCAAGGUGGAGGUGGAGUACUGGUUUGGGCUGGUAUCAUCAAAGAUGAGCUUGUGGGGCCUUUUCGGGUUGAGAAUGGAGUCAAGCUCAACUCCCAGUCCUACUGCCAGUUCCUGGAAGACACCUUCUUCAAGCAGUGGUACAGGAAGAAGUCUGCAUCCUUUAAGAAAAACAUGAUUUUCAUGCAGGACAAUGCUCCAUCACACGCGUCCAAGUACUCCACAGCGUGGCUGGCAAGAAAGGGUAUAAAAGAAGAAAAUCUAAUGACAUGGCCUCCUUGUUCACCUGAUCUGAACCCCAUUGAGAACCUGUGGUUCAUAAUCAAAUGUGAGAUUUACAAGGAGGGAAAACAGUACACCUCUCUGAACAGUGUCUGGGAGGCUGUGGUUGCUGCUGCACGCAAUGUUGAUGGUGAACAGAUCAAAACACUGACAGAAUCCAUGGAUGGCAGGCUUUUGAGUGUCCUUGCAAAGAAAGGUGGCUAUAUUGGUCACUGAUUUGUUUUUGUUUUGUUUUGAAUGUCAGAAAUGUAUAUUUGUGAAUGUUGAGAUGUUAUAUUGGUUUCACUGGUAAUAAUAAAUAAUUGAAAUGGGUAUAUAUUUGUUUUUUGUUAAGUUGCCUAAUAAUUAUGCACAGUAAUAGUCACCUGCACACACAGAUAUCCCCUAACAUAGCUAUAACUAAAAACAAACUAAAAACUACUUCCAAAAAUAUUCAGCUUUGAUAUUAAUGAGUUUUUUGGGUUCAUUGAGAACAUGGUUGUUGUUCAAUAAUAAAAUUAAUCCUCAAAAAUACAACUUGCCUAAUAAUUCUGCACUCCCUGUAGAGAUGUUGCCCAAAAAAUGGUAAAUGGCUUCCUGAGAAUGCAAACAUAGGUAUUCAUUCUCUAAUAUUCAAUUAUAGAAAUAAAUGUAUAUAAUCUACACAGUAAUGUCUUGUAGAGCAUAUAGCUAUUUGCUUGUUUAUUUUGCAAAAUAUAGACAUCUGUGACAUUUAUGUGGAUAUAUUUCCACUACACAUUUAAAUGGACAAAAGAUAAAAAAUAAAAAUAAAAAAUUGAAUCUAAAUAUAUAAAGGAUAAUUAAACAAAAAUUAAGUAAAACGUAUUGAUGAAUAAAAAAUGGUGGAUAAACAAAUAUAAAUCAGAGAAUACUUAACACAAUCUGUAUAUAAUUUAUAAUGAACUUCCAUCCUGUGAUAAUUCUGAAUGUGCAUUCUAAAUCCAAAAGAGCAUAUAGAUGAGCAAUGUGGGAAAAAAAAAAACUUUGGAUGCUUGGACAGAUCUUAUGUCAAACUACCUAUAUAGAAAGUUGAUAGAUAUGGCUCACUAUAUGUGAAAAGGAUCUCAUCCUGAACACUAUAUACAAAGACUGGUCAUGUGAUGUUAAGGAGUUCAAGAUCUACAUUUAUUCCUGAUGGAGCCAAAGUUUUCAAACCAUAAAUCCAAGACAUUACCUGAUAAAUUAAUCUUGUGGACAGUUCUCCCCCUCUCCACGGAACACUGACAUUCUCUAUUCCACAAAAAUUUAGGCAACCUGGGUCACUUCCAUGGUAUUCCAUGAAAUGUUUAGACAAUGAAUGCUUUUCAAAUUUUAUUUUGAUGUUUAUAUAUAUUUAAUUUAAUCUGGUUUUUAACAUCCUUUUGGUUUGUCCUACAUAUUGCAGUCCACAUGGACAACCUAAAAGAUAAAUAACUUGCUUGGAAUGGCAAGUGAUGCAUUGUUUAAUAUCGAAGGAUUUCUUUGUAACAGUAGAUAGAUGAUAUUGUGAAUAAUAUAACUGUAGCGGAGCUCCCUGUACCCCGGCUGGGUUCCUCCGCCCAGGAUCGCUUCCUAGCUGGAACUGGGUAAAACUGCUCCUCUUUGCCGUGGCUUGACUGGGGUCCUUCUGGAGCUUUUCCACACGACCAGGCUGCAGCUCUUCCUCCAGGCAGAUAUUGUCCCCUCUGUCUAUUCUGCUGCAGCUCUUCUUCCAGGCAGGUAUCGUCCCUCCUGCCCAUUCUCCUGAAGUCCUUUUUCCAGGCAGGUAUUUUCCCCCAUGCCUAUUCCGCUGCAGCCCUUCUUCCAGGCAGGUACGACAAAUCCACACAGGACACCGUUCCAAAUGGAACGAGCAUACAAUACUUUAUUUUACUUGGGACUAGCCCAUAUAUUCAUUACAUAUACAUUGCUGGGACAAACAUAAGAAAAAACAAAUAACGAAAACAUGUCACAAAAAAUACAGGAAAUUAUAAUAGCAUAAUAACAUAUUUAUAAAGGGAUGGGGGAAGACACUAAUUAACAGAACAUAUCUCUCCUGCCUGCAGAAUUAGCAAUAUGCACAUCUACACGAAUAGGCAAAUUAGCAACCCUUGCUAUUCAGGUAGAUCCUUGCAACCAACAGGUGGCGCUGUACAGGCUCCACAGCCAAAUGCACCUAGUUGAUUGCAAGCAUUAACAACACAGGAGAACACACUAACAUUUAACCCCAAACAACCACAUUAUACACACACACCGUGCACCCACAGUGGACACAGGGUGAUAUAGGAGUAGUCCAGGGUCCUACAUAAAAUGUCCUUAUGAAACCCGAGGUGAUGGUAACUACUGUCACAAUAACCUUGAUGAAUUUGCUUGGAGUCUAGGAGCUAGCUAAAAAAAAAAGUUAGGAGCCAGUUUUCUUUUAAACUAACAAAAUUUCAAAACAAUUCUUAAAGAGACACUAUAGUUACCAGAACCACUGCAGCUUAAUGUAGUGGUUCUGUAGUCUAUAUCCUGUUUAACAUAAGCACUGCCUUUUCAUAGAACCACUGCCUAGUAACACUUCUAUUGACACUCAGACGGCCACUAAAGGUGAUAUUUAGUCUAGUGUGGCACUGUGUACAACACCGACUUUCAUAGUCUCCACGCUAUGCAUGGAGGCACUUAAUGUUCCUCAUAGAGAUGUAAUGGUUCAGUGAAUCUCUAUGAUGAGAUGCUGGCUUAGUUUAGAUCAGGGGUUCUCAACGUUAGUCCUCAGGACCCCCUACCAGUCCAGGGUUUAGGGAUUACCUGGGUGUGUCUAAGGUGUUUAGAAAAAAAAAAACACCUUAGAGUCUAAGGUGUUAUUUUCCCUUUUUCUAAACACCUGAGACACACCUAGGUAAUCCCCAAAUCCUGGACUGGUAGGGGGUCCUGAGGACUGGGUUGAGAACCCCUGGCUUAGAUAAUCAAGAUUGGAGGCCUGACCAGCCACCGCGAGGCCGGCACUACGUGGGGGGAAAUAAGAUUAGUAAAAACAACUUUCUAAUCUGAUCGGGGGUGUGUAAUCUAAACCGAUAUAGAUAGAUAUAUAUAUAUAUAUAUACACACACACACACACACACACUAUUGUUUGUUUAUAUAUAUAUAUAUAUAUGUAUAUAUAUAUAUAUAUAUAUAUAUAUUUUAUUUUUUUUUUAUUUACAUUUUACCCAGCCUUCCUACCUUUGGGAGAGCUGAGUGGAUCUUUCAUUGAGGUCCAGUGGGGCACAGAGGAACUGCGAGAAGAUUGCUGGUUCCUCGGCGCCACUGAAGGGCUGACUACAUUAUUAGUCGCCAUGGCAACCUGGCGCCUGGGAUUUGUGCUGAUAUAACCAAGAAAGUUGUAAGUCACCCACGUUCCUCUCCAGUGCUGCCAUUCCUCCUCCUGAUGCCCGCAUUAUGCCGGAACCUUUUAAAGGCUUUGUCUCCUCAGUUAAUGAUGCAAAUGUGCGUGUGUCAUCACAACGGCGACGCACGUGAAAAUAUUCAUGGGGUGGGAAUAUUUUUUUUUUUUGUACUUCCUUAAUAUCAACCUCAUGCAACAUCAUAACGAGUAUUGGCUCUAUAGGCCAUGAUACAAGCUUACGUAUGGUAUAAAGAAGUACUGAAUCUGGACCAUGGAUAACCCUCAACCCCUCUUGCCUGAUUGGAGGUUCGGGGACUGAAUAUGUUUGAGUCCCUGUAUAUUCUAUUUAAAACUUGGAAUUGAGGAGGGAUUUUCUCUACAGCCCUUUAGCUCAAACUAAGCUGUGCAAUGUGUUCUCAAUAUGACUUUUUGCCACACCCACCAAGAGUGCCUUAUCUCACCUGAUGUUGCAAGGCAGAGCACGCCUGCAGAAAGGCAAGGAUAUAUAUCGGAAACUUUUAAGUUAAUGUCUCCGGUGCUUAGUGUCCGAGUGUUCUACACUGAAUUGCCCAGGACGCAUGCAAGAAUAUUUACUUGGACAGCAAUCUUCACCCCAGUGAACCGCUCAGUAGUAUUUACUAGAAUGAAGGAAUUAAGGAGCUGUCAAAUUUCUAAGUAAAGGUUUAUUACUACAGAGCUAAUUAGAAUGAAAAACAUAAUCCAUUUGCGUUUACUUAUUUGUUUAAUUUUAAAAUAUCUAACUUUUUUUUUCCUAAUACUUCAUAAAUUGAUAGAAUAAUUUUAUUUUUCUUGCAGAUCAUAGGUUUUAAUCCGGGCAGCAUUGCCGCAUUUAUAGCUGUGGUGGGAAUUCUGUCAAUUUUAGCACAGGUAGGUUUUUGUUGUUUUUGUUUUUGCUCUCUGUUAAAUGUCUUAUUUAGUAUUCUCCUCACAAUCCACUUCUGUGCAUUGAGGGUAGCAAAACAAAUAUUUAAUAAUAUGCAACAUGAGAGUUGGAAAUUCCUCAGUUUUUCUCAUGUUAAAUAAGUUCUGAACACCAUUUGUAAAUUAAUGCACAUGAAUAUAUAUUCUACCAAUUGAAGCAUUUCCAUGAACAAAUGCACUUUUUAUGUUGUUGCUUUAACUAAUCCAUGUUGGAGUCUUCUGUAAAUGCUGGAACAUUUGUUUUUUGACAUAUGGUGGCCGUACGUAUGGGUUGUGCUUCCUAAUUGGGACAAGUUAGGUAAUUAAGAAACGUCCCUUCCCUUUAACCUUUAAAGGGCUUCCCCCGCCAAACCCACCUCUGUUCCUCCUUGUCUCAGCACGGGACGGAUCAAGCAUCUGUUUAACCCCUUAAUGAUACAACUUCUGGAAUAAAACUGAAUCAUGAUGGAAUAUUUCCGUCAUGUGUCCUUAAGGGGUUAAGGUGAGGCACACAGGUUGCUGGAAGCGCGAUAGCUGCCCGGGUGGUAGGCUGAGCGACAUGGCUCCAUCCGUGAAGGUUCCGGAGCCCUUUCUGUUUAACAUUGCGCCACGUAUGUUCUGGCUUGGUGAGUAUAGGUGGGCCGGGGGACGCCUUCAUUAUGUUGCAGGCCGUGCGCCUGCACACAGCGGUGGAACGCACACCCGGGUGGUGUUGCGUUCCUCCGAAGUUCCAGCGCUAUUGCGCAUGCACGAACCGGAACUUCCGGGAAACCACUGAGUGCGGAUCGCUGUGCUGUUCCCUCUGGCAGCAGGAAACUUGUCAGAAGGGUUCCUCGUGUCACCACCACCCCACACGGCUCAUAGGUUUUCAAGGUAAGAUUAGCUGAUCUUUGCUUUGAAAAUCUGUUCUGAUUAAAAUUGCAAGUUAUGGAUGGAAUUGUUUUGCAGACAGUGGACUGUAUGUGCAAAAUGGACUGUUUGUACACAGUGGAAUGCCUCUGCUAUACAAGGCUUUUGCUUGUUGUAUCUGUGCUACUCCCCUUAAUAUGGUUCUGGGGUUUAUAAAUAUGACCAAGUUGCUGCAAUUUCUUUGAUAAAAUUAAGCAGAGAAUAUGCAAUCAUUGCUAUCUUUGAAUUCUUAUAGAGAAUCAAAUAGUGUAUCAGCUGCUCUGCCUGAGAUGUUCGGCAGAGACAGAAGAGAAGCGUCCUUCGAUUACUAAUGUCUGGCGAAUGUUUAUCUACCUAUUCUUAAGACAUGUCUGGUUCAUCAUACUGUAUGGAGUUGGUUCCCACCUGAUUUACUGAGAAGGUUAAUUAGGAAUGAAUCGAUCAUGGGGCAGGAUAAAUCUGCUAAACUUUUGAUGAGGGUUAUCUGUUCCUUGUCUUUCUACUUGCAAAAAUUGGAACACUCUGUAUAAUGAGCCUUUCUAGCCCGGCGUUUGUUCCAUCAAAUGGGUAAAUGUUACACACCCAGGUACACUGGGAAUCCAUAAAAUUCUGCAGAAGUAGAUGCUUUAAUAACCCUGUCGUCAAGAAGGCUGAGACCUCUUGCAGAUGAUCUUUCCAGACUGCUGGUUUUCGGUAUGGGUCUUUGCUGGCAGGUGCAGCGGUGUCCAAAACUUAUAACUUUGUUUACAAUCAUUAAUGGAGGUUAUUUAAGUCUCCUGAUGAACAGCUCGUCAGUUUCCUGUUUUAUUUUGAUUGUCACAUACUUUAUAUGGAUUUGACUAAUAAAAUUUGACAAUGUCAGCCAAGAGCAUGGGUUGAUCUGCUGUUUCUUAUAUAUUCUGGUGGCUUAAGCUUGGACGGCAGAUCAGCGUCCUUUUCAGUCCCCUGUUUACUCCCAUUAGGGAAAGCGGUAUCUUUUAUAACCUAUGUCGAACAAGGAAAAAAGCGACAUGGGUAGGUGUUUUGGACAACAAGGAGCUUGGAGGCGUAAUCCUGCAUUUCUAUACUAAGUGUGGAUAGCUCAAUGGGUUUAGACCUUGUUCAACCCUUGGGGGUUCACAGGUUCAUUUCCCCUGCAGGGUUGACAUAGUCCUUCAUCCCUUUGAGGUAGAUGACUGGAGUACCAUUCAAUGGAGCCACUUAACGUUCCCAGGAUGCAUUUGGGAACCAGUAUAUAUCUGAAUGUCUUUUGCCUGGCUUUUAAGUAGAACCUACUUGCAAUCCCUGGUUUCUUGAUCUAGUUAAAGAGGGCACCACUUGCUCUUUUCAAAGCUGCCCAAGCCAUAAUCUUCCAAACAUCUGAUACUCUAUUUACAGAAACUGUGUUCCUGUUGGAUUCAAGGAGUUUGAGAUAUGGUUCUGUGAACCACGAAGUUCGUUGGGUUCCUCAGGAAUAUUCUGGUUAUCAAACGAUCAUUCCUUUCAACCGGAUAUGAAUGUAAAUGAUUGGUUCCUCUCCUAAAGGUUCAGAAUCGAAACAUCUGCUCCUGUAACUCUGAUUCUGCAUAAAGGAAUUUCAUUGUGCAUAUAGAUCAGAGCUAUAUUCCCACAUAUCCCUAUUGUGACCCCUCAAAAUGUUUUCUGAAAAUAUGCCAGAAUAAGUGUAUUGAAGAGAUUUCAUUGCUCUUCAAAACACUGCCGUAGCAGCAUAUUUUAGGGAACGAGGCAUUCCCAACUUGGGAGUUUUGCUACUUAUUGCUAAUCGAGACGGUUGCUCUUUAAGUAUGUUCAGGUAGCUAGCAGAGCACUACAGCAACACGGUUGGAUACAGAGAAUAUAAUGUAUUCUCCAGGAAACAGUUUUUUGUUUUUUUUGAGGUUCGUGUUAAUCAGCUCAUCCUUCUGGAAUUUUGCCACCCCCUCUUGCUGGAGCUAAAUGGCAUAUUCUAGAGUUAAAAAAGGAAAUUUGUACAUAUCAGUAUCAGCUGAAUUCAGAAAAUCAGAUCACCUGUUGUCAACUUCUAGGAAAGUUUAAGGGGAAUGAAGUCAAUCAUAAUGGCCUAUGCUUCAGUAGUUUUGAUUUGACAGCAUCUUUCUCAGCACAUUCCACAAAGGCAAUGGCCACUUCGUGGGCAGAGAAACCUCUUGCUUCACCCGAAGUAAUCAGCAUGGCUGCUUCUUGGACAGCUUUUAGCACCUUAAAAAAAAGUCAUACAUUUUCAGCCUAGUGGUACUCUCUGCCUCUAAAAUUCCAUUGGGACAUUGGUACUUCAAGCUGUUUAGGCAUAAGGACCACCUGAUUGGGGAUCUUGCUAUAUCCCAUACCUACUGCCACCAUAUGUCAGAAAAACAAACAAAAAAAUAAUCUACCAUAGUUUUAUUGUUUCUUAACCCCUUAAGACCGUAGGGCGUACAAUUACGCCCUAUUUUAAGCGGCUCUAAACGCCGCCGGGCGUAAUUGUACGCCCUCCAGUUUUUGUUUACUUACCCGGUCGCCGGAGGUCCCACGCCGGCGAUCGCGGUGGGGGGGACUCCCAGGGAGCCCCCCCGCGGUAGAUCCUCCUCCGGUGCCCCCCGGCCAUGUGAGAGUGAGGUCCUUGCGAGGACCUCACAAUCACAUGACCGGGUUAGCUGGCUUCUGUAUUGCCAGCAGGGGGGCUGCUUGUAAUUACAGGUGGUCCCCCUGCAGGCUUUAAAUAAAAAUAAAAUAAAUUAAUAAGUGUAAAAAAAAAUAAUAUAUAUACUUAGAUCAUAUAUAUAUAUAUGAUCUAAGGUGUAUUUUACUAUUAAUAUAUAUAUAAUAUAUAUAUAUAUAUAUUAUCAAAUUACACGUAGACUGAUACUUAUAAAUAUAUAUAUAAUUAUUGUUAUAUAUAUAAUAUAAAAAAAUGUAGUAUGUAAAUACGUUAAAAAAAUAAAAUUAAAUAAAUAAUUAAAAAAAUAAUUACAAAUUAUAUAGAUGUGUGUUAUUUCGUUCUAACUGUAUUGUGAUAUUAAUAUAUAUAUAUAUUUAUAUCAAAAUACACGUAGAACGAAAUAAUAUAUAUAUCUACAUACAUAAAUAUAUACGUAUAUAUAUAUAUAUAUAAACCUAUAAAUAAAUAAAAAUAUUUUAAAAAUAUUAUAUAUAUAUAUAUUAAUUCUACAUAUAUAUUUAUGUAAUAUUUUUACAUAAUUAGGUAUCUUAAUUACUUACAAUUAGCGGGACCUGCCUGACAACCCAUGCUGAAAGUAAAGGGAAUUUAAUUUGCUAACACUAUAUUUAACCCUAUAACUUUCCAAGACUCCAUAAAACCUGGACAUGGGGGGUACUGUUCUACUCGGGAGACUUCGCUGAACACAAAUAUUAGUGUUUCAAAACAGUAAAAUGUACUAGAAACGAUGAUAUCGCCAGUAAAAGUGAAGUUUUUUUACGUUUUUCAUGAACAAACAGCACUUACACGGAUGAUCUUAUUGCUGUGAUACUUUUUGCUGUUUUGAAACACAAAUAUUUGUGUUCAGCGAAGUCUCCCGAGUACAACAGUACCCCUCAUGUACAGGUUUUAUGGUGUUUUCAAAAGUUACAGCGUCAAAUAUAAGGCUUGCGUUUCAUUUUUUUCACAUUAAAAUUCGCCAAAUUGGUUACGGUGCCUUUGAGACCCUAUGGUACUCCAAGAAUGAAAAUUACCACUAUGAUGGCAUACCAUUUGCAAUAGUAGACAACCCAAGGUAUUGCAAAUGGGGUAUGUCCAGUCUUUUUUAGUAGCCACUUAGUCACAAACACUGGCCAAAAUUGGCGGUUUUUGCAUUUUUCACACAAACAAAUACUAACGCCAACUUUGGCCAUGGUUUGUGACCAAAUGGCUACUAAAAAAGACUGGACAUACCCCAUUUGCAAUACCUUGGGUUGUCUACUAUUGCAAAUGAUAUGCCAUUAUGGGUGUAAAUUUCUUUCCUGGGCUACUAUAAAGUCCCAAAGGCAACGUAACCAGUCUGGCGAAUUUCAAUUUCAAUUGUAACGUGCUAUAUUUGACCCUGUAACUUCCCAAAACGCCAUAAAACCUGUACAUAGCGGGUACUGUUUUACACGUGAGACUUUGCUGAACACAAAUAUGUGUAUUUUAUUGCUGUAAAAGCAAACAGUAUUAUGAUAUUGACAGUUAAAAUGUCAUGUAGAACUAAAAAAAUAAAAAAAUCUUAUUUUCUCCAAUUUAUUUCAUAUUAAAUUAUGUUUCAUAGCUAAAUAUUUGAUAUUAAAUUAAAGCCCUGUUUCCCCUGAAUAAAAUGAUAUAUAAUAAGGGUGGGUGCAUUUAAUAUGAAGGAGGUGAAUUACAGUUGGACAGACAUGUAGCGCAAAUGCCAGGUUUUGUUUACAUUUUGUUUCGUUCACAACGUGUACAUUUGGCUCAGUCCUUAAGGGGUUAAUAUGGUGGCAGUACAAAUCUCCUUCCCCCUAAAUUACAAUUUUGUUUACAGUGUGUGGCUUAGGUGUAUUCUUGCUACGACUGAGGUGGGUUUGCCAGGGGAAGCCCUUUAUAGCGUAAAGGGGAGGGACUUUUCUUAAUUACCUAUCUUGUAGAUGCUUGUCCCAAUUAGGAAGCACAACCCAUACGUACUGCCACCAUAUGUCAUAAAAAAUAAGAAUUUACGGUGAGUAAAAUUUCUGUUUUUAUUUUUAAUUACUUGUGUCAUUGUUUUUACUAUAAAUUUGUUUAAGCUUUUAAAUUAACUCCACACAAUCAAUCUUGACUGAGUAAAAGCCAUGUAUCCAUGUGAAAUGACUCCUACGAUUAACAAAAAAGUCCUUUCUUGAUAGUUUUAUAAAAAAGGUAUUUGCAGUUUAUUUUUAAAGCAAGACAGAAAUAGAGAGGAAGAACAUUAUUAAAAUAUGUCAAUUGGAAAGUAGGCAACCUAGUUCCAUACUGAGAAUUGAUUGACGGGGGGGACCUUUUUUUUUACUUAAAAUCUAUACAUAUUUUGUAAGAACAAUUUGUAUUAAUUUUAUGCUUUUUAAUUCCAAGCUGUGUGCGCCAUGACUUGUACACUUGCAAAAGUAUUCAUUUGAAUGUCGAGUAUUGUACUUUUUAUGUCAAUUUGCUUAGUACAGAAACUCCAGUUCUACAAUGUUUAAAGGACUACUAUAGUGCCAGGAAAACAUACUCGUUUUCCUGGCACUAUAGUGCCCUGAGGGUGCCCCCACCCUCAGGGACCCCCUCCCGCCCGGCUCUGGAAGGGGAAAGGGGUAAAAACUUACCUUUUUCCAGCGCUGGGCGGAGAGCUCUCCUCCUUCUCUCCUCCUCCAUUCCUCCUCCUGGGCUGAAUGCGCACGCGCGGCAAGAGCUGCGCGCGCAUUCAGCCCGUCGCAUAGGAAAGCAUUUACAAUGCUUUCCUAUGGACGCUUGCGUGCUCUCACUGGGAAAAUCACAGUGAGAAGCACGCAAGCGCCUCUAGUGGCUGUCAAUGAGACAGCCACUAGAGGAAAUAGGGGAAGGCUUAACCCAUUCAUAAACAUAGCAGUUUCUCUGAAACUAUGUUUAUGAAAAAAUGGGUUAACCCUAGCUGGACCUGGCACCCAGACCACUUCAUUAAGCUGAAGUGGUCUGGGUGCCAAGAGUGGUCCUUUAAUGUUGAAUUAUUUUGGAUGACCUCCCCCACCCCACCCUUUUCUUCACUGCCUUCUACCACUAUGCAUAUUAUUAUUUUUACUUCUAAAGCACCAACGUAAUUCACAGCUCUUUAAAAGAGUUCUUCAAGCAUCAUAACCACAACAGCCCACUGCCAUGGUUAUGGUUUUAGGGGUUUCCUGGCGGCCUCCCAGUGUAAUUCGUCAAACUGUUUGAGGGAUUUGACAACUUACCUGGGCACUGGGGCACACCUGACUUAUGCAGGAGAAGCUGGGUGUCUAUCCUGAGCUAAGCAUAGCCCAAUGCAAAGCUGCACUAAUUAGUUGAGAGCAGGCAGUGCUGCCACGGGUGCCUAGGGGUCCUGAGUAAGUUGUUUAAACUAUUUUUUUAAUUAUUUGACAAAUUGGUCUGGCAGGGCUCCAGGGUACUCCUGGCACCAUAACCAUUGCAGCGGGCUGUAUUUGUUAUGGUGCAUUAGUGGGUGGACAAACAAAUAACUGCAAUGGAUUGUAAAAAAAUUAAUAAAUACAAGGUGUUGCAAUCCCUCCUUAAAACAUGCUUACAGUCUCUAGGGUGCAGAUGGCAUGUGUAUAAAUACAGUGCAUAGAUUAUGAUACAAGGAGUUCCUUGUAAGUGCAAUAAUUGCAGCUAAAAUACUGCCCCCCCUUCCUCACUCCCCUGUGUCUAAUGUAAAUGGAGGACGUUUUGCUACCUUUUUUGCAGUGCAUACUGGCCCAACUUGUUCGUACACACUAGGCACAUCCUUACUUACCUUCAGUGACAAAAUAGGGCUUUUAGUAAACGUUUAAUAACUGCAGACAUAUUACCCUGUUCCAUUGGCAAGAUCUGAUGAGUGGGACUGUAGAGUCUAAGCAAGGGCAUUUGAGAUUUGAGGAUCAGACCACAGCCAAAGACCUGAAUGGGAGACUCCUGAUUUGAGGAUCUUAUUCCUGAUCUGGGAGGAAGCUGUCUUCUGCUACAUCUUGUCUGCGUAGCAGCUUCAGGGAUUUUAAAGUAGCAGGUAUAGUGAGCAUCUUUUUUUUUUUUUAUAUACAUAAUGUAUAAAAAUACAUUACAACAUAUUCCUCACUGACAAUCUAGCUUAUCCAUGUAAAAUAGGAUGACAUAUAUAUUUUAAAAAUGAAGCCAGUUUACCCGUACACAAGAUUAAAUGUAGUAAAUUAUGUGAAAAUUUAGUAAACCUGACAUUUUCCUGUAUAAAUCCCUGGUAGCCAUAAUUAUUCCAAUAAUUCAAUAUUCAUGUUGCUGUCUUCCCUCUCAUCUUGCAUUACAUUCCUCUGUUACAGACUGUUCUGCUCAGUGUCCUUAUGAAUACUAUUGGGAAUAAAAACACUGUGCUUCUGGGGCUUGGAUUUCAGAUGUUUCAGCUGGCCUGGUAUGGUUUUGGCUCCCAACCCUGGUAAGGAUCUGUAUAAAAUGUAAUAACCUUUUUUAUGUAGGGGCAUUGUAUUAUCUAAAUAAUUUUAUUAGAAUUUCAAACUUGAAACUAAGUUUGUACAUAUGCUUAAUGGAAUGCAAACAACAAGUAUUUUAUUUAUUUAUAUAUUUGAGGGUGGGGGAGGGAGUGGGCUGAGGGUGUACUGUAUUAAGGAGGGUAAGGGCAUGUUGAGCACAAAUUGUUAUAGUAAGGUCUGCUUUGUGUGUAAGUGGCAUUUAUGAAAUAUUCACUCUCAUAUAGCUGCUUUUUACAUUUCUACCUCCUCUGUUCCUAGUAACAGGGUAAAAACUGUGACUCCAUUCUCUACUGUAUUCUCUUGAGUGUCAAUGACGCCAACAAGCUUCAAGGAACGGUGUGAGCAUGUCCUCGCAACAGAGUAAUGCGCCUCACCAGAGCCUGGCAGAUUGGUGUUAUGGUGUUCAAAUGUUUAUUAAAAUAAUAUAUUUUUAACUGCUUCCAUCUUUGACUACAUUUCCAAAUGGCAUUGUUGCUAUAUAUAAAAUAUAUUUUUUAUUUUAUUUAUAUUUAUUUAUUUAUUUUAAUCUUUUUUGUGACGUAAUGAAAAUUGAGACCACCAAAAAUGGUUACCAUGCCAAUUGAAGUUAUUUGAAGAUUGGAGCUUGAGUUAACUGUCAAGUAGACAUCUGUGGAAUUAAUUCAUAAACUACAUUCCCACUGUGAAAUAGGGGAAUAGGUCAGAUUAAAUGAGGACAAAAAAUUUAGUAAUGUAUAAAGUAACCACCAAAUGAUAUCCGGUAUUGCUAGGAGAGAUUGGAUUGUCCUAUGAAGCAGUGUCAAGGGUAGAAAGCAAAUGUGACUUUAGAAGUUGUGAAGUCAUACAGCAUGUGAGUGUUGUGUUGGAUAAAGAUAGGUUAGAAUUUCUUAAAGGGUGAUAGAGGGAGGCUUAACAGAAAUCUGGUAUGUGCCCUGAAGUACAUUUUCUACAUUUUCAGGGAACACUUAAAGGAUAGGAGGCUAAUGGAAUGUCUGGUGGAGCAAGGUAUGGAGUUCACAUAGUACAGUACUUGCAGUGGGAGAGCUCUUGCAAGCUGUAGUGGAAGGAAUUAAUGAGAGAAGAAAAGGUUUGUGAUGCUGGAGAGUAAACAGAUUUCAUUUGUAAAUUGGCAGAAGGAAACCGUUAGAAAGGAACUUGUAUCCAUAGUUGGACUGCUGAUCUGGAUAAUCUAGAAAAUAGUUAUAAAAAAUAGAUUUUCCUGCUGAGGGAGAGCAGACCAAAAAGAAUUGGAGAAUAGUCUACAGAAAAAAAUAGGGCAGAACAGUUUAGUUAAAACUGAACUUUUAAAAGGGGGUGUUUUUGUAUGCAAUCCUGAGUUAAAUGUUUGGUCAAAGGAAUGGAUGUUAAGAACAGUAUCUGUUGCAGAGAUUCUAAAUCUAGAUCUAAUUUCGAAUUCUGGAGCAUUAGGGCAAAGCACAAAUACUUUACUGUACUGUGUUUUUCCAUUUAAAUUAAAUAAGGAUUUCAUAUCACCAUAUAAUACUUCCAACGUUUUUCUCACCAUAUUGUCAGAUUUUCCUGUUGAUUAUUUUUUCUCAUUAAUCUAAGGAUGAUGUGGGCUGCAGGAGCUGUUGCAGCAAUGUCAAGUAUUACAUUCCCUGCAGUGAGUGCCCUGAUUUCACGUAACACUGAAUCAGAUCAGCAAGGUACGUAAAAUGAGAUAGUUAUGUUCCUUACGUGUAUUAACACACAAUUUUGAUUUAAAGGGACACGCUAAGCACUAAAACCACUACUCGAAAGUAGCAGUGUUUACAUUUGGCAUAGAACACUUUUUUCUAGUGACUGUCAAGACGGCCACCAGAGCAGCGUUCUCCUUAACAUCCGUUUUUAAAUUUUUUCACAUUCAGCAUCAUCAGACACAGCUGGUGACGCCGUACACAGCACGUUUUUCUUAUCAGCAGUGCGUGGACUGCUACAUUCGAUUUUGGUGAAGGCCAUAAAUAAGUUAAAAGGGAGCCACCACUUCUCUGGAAAUAACAACACUGAUUACAACAUUGAAAAUCUCCUGUUACUUGCAUUAGCAUGUUUCAUGAGAUGCUUUAUCUUUUAAAUCUAUAUUAAAGAUUUAGUAAAUUAUUCCACAUUCCAGUUCAGUUCAGGAACAACCAGGGCAUAGUUUGAAAAUGCUUCUUAAUGCUGUCUGCCAGGUUUUGAAUGAUAGAACUUACAACAUGGUUCAAAGAGAGCUAAAAUGGAGGCAACCAGUAGUAGGAUAAAAAGGCAUGGAUUUCUGCAUUUAAUCUUUUACACAUUGAAAUACAGAUUUGUUAAAUGUUGGGAAAAGUAAGCAUUUAAAAAAAUCAAAAUAAAAAUCAUCGGGUUUAGGGCGGGGGGAGAGAUCAUGUGAAUACGUUCCGUAUGCACGCUUGGAGGAGGAGUUGAUGGAACCAAGCUAGCGGAUUGUGGUCUAAGCAGUGAAGUGAGAACGCAUCGAUAUUUUUGAGAAGAUCCUUCAAUUCAUGGCUUACAAACUCUGCAUUGUACUCUACCUUCGGAUCGUAAUUGCAGGACUGUUAUUUACUCAUUAUAUCGCCAUUUGAUGUGCUGACCUGGAGUUCGUAAGAGGCGGUGAGGAAGUAACAUCGUCACAACGAUACAACGUUACAGUGCUGCUACAAUUGAACAGUUGACAGUUGGGUAGGAAAACUAUUUUUUUUGUAUUUCCAAUUUUCACCCAAACUUAAAGAACAUCAGACCAUUCUUAUAAUUUUUGUGUAAUACUAUAAUCCCCAUAAACCAAUACAAUAAAACAAGUUCAAAAGGGGAAAAUAAAAUAAAAUAUACGGCUUAAUAUAGAAAUUAACGACAGAGCAAUAAAGAAGGUAGAGGGAUAAGAAAUAAAGGAGAGAGAGGACAUAACAAAAAAAUAAAUAAAGAACAAAGGGGCAUACAAAGAGAAACAAGAGAAAAAGUAAGUAAGAAAAUAUAGAGAAAAAAAUAAAGCGAAGAAAUCCUCCUCUAUCUAAAUCAUUAAGCUAAUUAUUUUCCUAUUACAAAAAGUUUUGAUUUAUUUGCCUCCCCCCAAAAAAAGCUGGUUUUAAAUGUACUGCUACCUAUAUAUUAGAAAAGAAGUAACAAACCACGUAUUUUACACCGCAUAUUUGUGUAUUAUAUUAGGCUCUACAAUCAUUAAUUUAUUUUUUACAAAACAAUUAAGUUAAUUAUAUUUAACGUAAGAUACUUAUGAUUAACCCUCUCUGGAAAUGAGAAUCACAUUUUAAUUAUUUAAAGUCUCAUAUAUUUACUGCGUGCUCCGAAGACACCAUUCAAGAGAGAACAGAAAACCAAAAUAACCAAGAAAUACUUUUUUAUGUUACUUUAUAUAAGGCUUCUUUUUUUUCCUUUUCAGUCUUGGCUCAUUUGAACAUUAAUCAAAAUUAUGGAAAAAAAAAAAUCUAAAGAGCAAGAAAAAAAUUCAGAAAAAAAGGAUGUCUGGCUUUUUUACUCCACAGUCAUCUAAAGAUCAACUCAAUAAAGCACGGAAUGAAGACAUUAAUUCUUCAGUAGAAGAAAAUCUAAAUACAUUACUACAUAUAAAAGGUGAUAACCACAUUACUCAAGACUUUCUUCAGAAAUGUUUAGAUAACCAACUACAAUUGAUAAAACUAGAAAUUGAAAAUAAUUCUAAUAAAUUGCCGCAAGAGAUUCAAAUAAUAAAAGAGAAAAUUACUAUAAAAGUAUCUACAAUAGAAAAACUCAAUGGUGAACAACAAUCUAUAAAAGAACAUAUGAAAGAGACAUCCAUCAACCUACAAAAACUACAAUCCAGAAUAAACGAUCUGGAAGACAGAUCAAGAAGAGGAAAUUUUGAAAAGAAGAAACAUCCCAGAAUCCAUUACUCAGGACAGUCUCGGGAAUUAUCUGAUAAACAUGUUUAAAUCUUUCGGAGCAACAAUUAAAGAUCAUGAUAUUAUUUUAGAAAGAUGCCACCGUCUGAACAAGCCAAAAUAUUUGGAUCCAGAUAAUCCUAGAGAUGUAAUUGUUCAAUUCCACUCUUUUAGUUUCAAAUAAAACAUCCUAAAAUUGUUUAAAAAUUUUAAUCACCCGGAGGAAACAAAGAUAUUCAACUAUACCAAGACCGAUCAACAGGAACAAGAAUUUGGAGGAAAUACUUUGUCAUCUGUAUUUGUCCUCAAAAAACAUAUCAAGAGUUUGAACAGGCUGAUAAGCUAAAAGUAUAGAUGAAAAAAAAAUAAGAUCACGUGAACCAAAUUUUCCUAAAUAAAAAUAUAAAAGAUUUUAUGUAUAAAAUCCAAGAAGAGGAAGAAGUAAACUCAAUCAGAAAUAGUUAUAUAUGAUGAUUAUUAUUUUAAGUAAAAAUGAAAAAGGAAUUAAUUUCUUCUUGAGGAAUUCUACUUUUUUCAAUCUCAUUUUGCAUACGUAUAAUACAGAUACAUUGAAUAUUAUUUAGAAAUACAAUUAAAAUACCUCAAGAAGGGAAAUUUUUUUGAAAACAACCUAGAUAAACAAGGAAAGUUAGGCUACAGGGUCCAAUUAAUAUUCCUACAUGGGAAAAUUGGGUGGUGGGGGUGGAGUUGAGAGACAGAGGUGUUUUUUUUUUUUUUUCUUUACACAGGUUUACAAAAAAUUUUCACACACGUUUUCUUCCAUACUCAAUCGACAUAUGACACUUGCAUAUCACAUCACGGAUUUAUAUUCUCAUCUUCAAUUUAUUCACUAACACUUUUCUAUUUUGUUCUUUUUUUUCCGCUCUUCCUUCACUUUAUUUGAUACACAUUAACUACGAGAUCAUACAAUACAUAUUCUUCAUAGACCUGCAUUUUGACAACACUUUUUUUUUCUCUCCAAUUUACUUACACAACACAUUCAUGCGCAUGGUUUAUGCAAACCAGUUUUUUGGAUUUUUUUCCUCUCUCUUUGUCCCUCUCUCCCCUCAAAUAGGUUGGUUUCCUCCCGACUAUUUUGUAUUUUGAAAGGAAUUGAUACCUUACCUAUAAAUGAUAAACAAAGAAGAUGGUAUAUACUGAUAUUUGGCACAAAUGAGCAAUUUUUAUUUUUUAUUUUUUUUUAAAUUUUAUUAUCUUGGCUCCACACUCCUCCUUAUGCCUGAAAUGAAGGCGGAAGCUUUUGCUCAAAGAAAGAGAUGACAUUUUCUUCUUUUGGAGAGCGAAUACACAUAUUUUUCUUCUUACAACAGAACAUUUUAAUAUGUUUAAAUGUAUAUGUUUGUAUUUUUUUUUAUGUCUUUGUAAGUUAAUUAAUUCAGAAACUAACCAGAUGCUAAGUAGUAAACUGCCAAGAAGGGGAAAUAAAAAUGGUUAAAAUAAUAUCAGUGAAUGUACAGGGUUUUUUCUUGAGGUAAUUCUUGAGGUAACCACAGAGGAUUUGAACCUAACUUUAUGGAAACAAAGACAUAUUUGUACUAUAUCACAUUUGAUAAAUAAUGCGUCUCUAAAAUCAUUCACAGAACUGACGGAAGAAUUUAAUCUUCCUAACUCUCUCAAAUUUUUAAUUACCUUGGAGUUAAGAAUAUCAUAAACCAGUAUCUUGUUUUCGAAGAUUCUUUUAUAAUCUCAAAUAUUGCAAAAGUAUUUAAUUACACAAAAAUGGAAAAAAUAUUGUCAAAAAAAAGACACUUGCUUACAAAUCUCAACAACAUAGAAAAAAUACCUACCUUAUCUAAAUGGAAAAAAGGAUUUGAGACUAAAUAUAGAGAAUGAAGAAUGGAAUAAAACUUUAGUUUCACACCAUAUGUUCACUGUUUAAAUCUUUUGGAGAUGCCUUACAAAAUUACUAAUAGCUGGUAUUGGAUUCCCAUGAAAUCUGCAAAAAUUUCUCCAUCUGAGUCUGAAAUAUGUUGGAGAUGUAAUAGAGAAAAAGGGACCUACUUACACAUAUGGUGGGAAUGUGAUAUGCUUAAAGAUUUGGAAUAAAACUUUCCAUUGGUUCACUAAAAUUUCUGUUAAAAUCAAAUGGUCCCCCAUUAGAGGUUUUACUAUAUCUUAAAUGGCCAAUCAUACCGUUAAAACACAAACUUUUCUUUAUCCAUAUACUGUUAGCAACAAAACUAAUAAUUGCACAAAAUUGGAAAUCUAUUAGUAGUCCGAUAUGGCAGAAAGUAUACAGGUGAUACUCGAAAAUUUAGAAUAUUGUGCAAAAGUUAAUUUAUUUCAGUAAUGCAACGUAAAAGGGGAAACUAAUAUAUGAGAUAGACGCAUUACAUGCAAAGCAAGAUAGUUCAAGCCGUGAUUUGUCAUAAGUGCGAUGAUUAUGGCUUACAGCUCAUGAAAACCCCAAAUCCACAAUCUCAGUAAAUUAGAAUAUUGUGAAAAGGUGCAAUAUUCUAGGCUCACAGUGUCCCCACUCUAAUCAGCUAAGUAAGCCAUAACACCUGCAAAGGGUUUCUGAGCCUUUAAAUGGUCUCUCAGUCUGGUUCAGUAGGAAUUGCAAUCAUGGGGAAGACUGCUGACCUGACAGUUGUGCAGAAAACCAUCAUUGACACCCUCCAUAAGGAGGGAAAGCCUCAAAAGGUAUUUGUGAAGGAAGUUGGAUGUUCCCAAAGUGCUGUAUCAAAGCACAUUAAUAGAAAGUUAUGUGGAAGGGAAAAGUGUGGAAGAAAAAGGUGCACAAGCAGCAGGGAUGACUGCAGCCUGGAGAAGAUUGUCAGGAAAAGGCCAUUCAAAAGUGUUGGGGACUUCCAUAAGGAGUGGACUGAGGCUGGAGUCAGUGCAUAAAGAGCCACCACACACAGACGGAUCCUGGACACGGGCUUCAGAUGUCGUAUUCCUCUUGUCAAGCCGCUCCUGAACAACAAACAACGUCAGAAGCGUCUUACCUGGGCUAAAGAAAAACAGACCUGGUCUGUUGCUCAGUGGUCCAAAGUCCUCUUUUCUGAUGAGAGCAACUUUUGCAUCUCAUUUGGAAACCAAGGACCCAGAGUCUGGAGGAAGAAUGGAGAGGCACACAUUGCAGGAUGCUUGAAGUCCAGUGUGAAGUUUCCACAGUCUGUGUUGAUUUAGGAAGCCAUGUCAUCUGCUGGUGUUGAUCCACUUGCUUCAUUAAGUCCAGGGUCAACGCAGCUGUCUACCAGGAGAUUUUGGAGCACUUAAUGCUUCCUUCCGCAGCUGAGCUUUAUGGGGAUGCUGACUUCAUUUUCCAGCAGGACUUGGCACCUGCCCACACUGCCAAAAGCACCAAAGCCUGGUUCAUUGACCGUGGGAUUACUGUGCUUGAUUGGCCAGCAAACUCGCCUGACCUGAACCCCAUAGAGAAUCUAUGGGGCAUUGCCAAGAGAAAGAUGAGAGACAUAAGAUCGAACAAUGCAGAAGAGUUGAAGGCCGCUAAUGAAGCAUCCUGGUCUUCCAUAACACCUCAGCAGUGCCACAGGCUGAUGGCUUCCAUGCCAUGCCGCAUUGAGGCAGCAAUUGCUGCAAAAGGGGCCCAAACCAAGUACUGAGUACAUUUGCAUGCUUAUAUUUUUCAGAGGUCUGAUAUUCUAUGUACACGCCUUUUUUAUUGAUUGCAUGUAAUAUUCUAAUUUACUGAGAUUGUGGAUCUGGGGUUUUCAUGAGCUGUAAACCAUAAUCACCGCACUAAUGACAAAUCACGGCUUGAACUAUCUUGCUUUGCAUAUAAUGCGCCUAUCUCAUAUAUUAGUUUCCCCUUUUACGUUGCAUUACUGAAAUAAACAAACUUUUGCACGAUAUUCUAAUUUUUCGAGUAUCACCUUUAUACUCAACUAAUAAACCAAAUUCAGAUGGGAAAAGAUAUUGGUAUUAACCUGUUAAACUAAAAAAAAAAAAAGAUAUAUAUAUGGGAUCAGAUUAAACGAACAUUCAUAACCUGAUUAGUUACCCUAAUUAAAACGAUUUAUUUUAAUCUACGGGUUUUCGAUCUCCCUUUUUCUUGGUAGUACUAAUUUUAUGUUGUCAAUUUAUGUUUGUUUUGUAAAAAUUAGUUAGUCAUAAAAAGAAGGUAAAAAAACAAACUCAAAAGGGACAUUUCUAUUUUGAAGGAAUUAUGCAUCAUUUGAAUAGAGGAAAAAGUAAACUAAUGUAUAUGCAAACACUCCCUUACCGACCGGGUUCUGUUCCUACAACCCGGUCGUAGAAUGAAUUGGUCAGUAAGUGAGGAGUUAAGGGAUUCCCUACUCUGGUGCGUUCGUCUUAUGUUCUGGGAAACUUCUCCAAACAUAGAUGAACGCACCAGAGCAGGGAAUCCCCACGACGGCUCGCACUUAUGCCUGGUCAUAAGUGCGAGCCGUUGUAAAACAGGUAGGUCGCUUAUUGUUAUGCAUUCUUAACAAUUAGUGUGCAAAAACUGGUAGAAAUGAAAUGUAAUCAAUCACAGGCUUAGUAAUUUUAUUAAAAAAAAAAAAAUAUAUAUAUAUAUAUAUAUUAAAAAGCAGAAACAUGGAGCUGUUAUUUUUUUGCUAUUUUUUUUUUUUUGUUGUUGCUAUUUUCUUUCACUUUGUUAAGCAAAGACUGUCAUUAUCAUGCAGGUGUUGCUCAAGGAAUGGUGACUGGUAUUAGAGGACUUUGUAAUGGUCUUGGCCCAGCGCUCUAUGGAUUUGUCUUCUUUCUCUUUCACGUGGAACUCGGUGGUCUAGUACCUGUGCCCAGCUCAGAUAAAACAACUAUGAAAGAUCCAGUUGAUGAAGUAAGUAGGGAUGUAUGGAAGCAAGCAUAUACCUAAAACAAUGGGAUUUAGGAUGCCAACCCCAUUAAAAAAGAUAUGUAACUUUAUAUCUUUAUUAUGAAAACAUAUCCAUAUUUUAGGAAGUCAUUUUGGCUUCUACAACAUGUCUGUUAAUCUUCCCAGUUGUUCAGGCCCAGUCACAUUUAGGAACUAAUUCACUUGAGCUUACAGGCAAAGCAGCCUGUGUGGUGUUGUGUUUCUUAUAACAUUAGAUAGACAUUUGUUCCAUAAGAACUACAAAUGAUUGUUUAAAAUAUAUGAAUGAUUAGCUGUAGAAUAUAUGAAAUUGUUAAAUGCAUAUUUUUUUUCUUUGAUAGGGAUCAAUUAUUCCAGGACCGCCAUUUUUAUUUGGAGCAUGUGCUGUCCUACUUGCCUUCUUGGUUGCCUUAUUCAUCCCUGAACGCAGCAGCCAUUCAGCCAAAAACAUUGGUAGUGGGAAGCACAGCAACGUUACCAGCAGCACUCUGUCAAACCCUGAUCGGGGGAGUGAUGAGGACAUUGAACCACUGUUGCAGGACAGCAGCGUAUGAAUCUUUCCCCGAGAACGUCAAUGGCAGAAAAAAAAAAGAAUGUAUGAAGCUCUACUGGAAAAAAAUUUAAAAUAAAGAUUGAUAAAAAAAAAAAUAUAUAUAUAUAUUUCUACAUUGGAUCCCCAUGCAGAAUGUGUUAGAACUGCCAUGAAUGGUUUAGUUUUGUUUUGUAUACAAUAUCGGUUGAUUAUGUAUUCACUGCAUGGGAGGUUGCAUGUCUUGCAGAAAUCUCCAGCAGUAAAGUAGUUUAAGGUUUGAGAUUUUGUUUUCCUGUUUCUGCUACCUCAAACCUGAUCAUCACGUUGCAUAUUGACCGUAAGAAAGAAAGAAACACGUAAAUAUUGCAACAGAGAUUUAACCUCAGAAGGGUACCAUAUGCAAAAUGAGCCGGUGUUUUAACACACCUAACAGUGCCUGCUAGUACAUUGAUUUUUCUUUAAGAGUGUUACAGGGAGACUUGGUUUAGCUUUUCUUGCUGUUCUCUCUGAGGAUAGCUGUCUUCUGAACUUUCAGGGUUAUUUAUUGAAGUAUGACUUGUUGGCUGUUUAAAGUGAAUUUGUAGGCCAACAAACAGACAAAUUACAAGCUGACCUAGAAUAUGUUUUCAGUUUAACUAUUUUAACCUAAAAUUUAAACUUUAAGUUCGCCUUGAAUUCCUGGCAAUUCACAUUUUAACGAAUAACCCCUUUGAAGUUUCACUUCAGCUUUAUUACUAGAGACAUGUUUCCUGUGACGAAAUAAAGGCUGCAAGAAUUCUUUAAACCAUCAUUCUCAGCAAUGUGUGUUUUCAGUGACAUAUCUCUCCUUCCAUUCAUAAGGACAACAUUGUAAAAUAAUUGAUUUGGAGCUUAUUUUGCCCUUCUGCCAAAACUGCAGUAACUGAAAUCAGUCCUUUUAAAACCUAAAUUUAUUUUUGUGUUCUAAACCCAUUAUUGGAAAAUAUAAAUUCCAUAUAUUUGUGUGUGUGUGUGUGUGUGUGUGCGUACGCACAAUUAUGUCAAACUGAAAAUAAAAAGAGCAUCCACAAAAUAAAAGUAAAACAGAAGAUAGCUUUUGAAAAUGUGCUGUUUAGUGUUUUACUGCCACUGUUUCCAAAAAGUCUCAUCCGUGUUUUGAAAGUUUUUGCAAGCCAAACCUCUAAACUUGUACAAGGUUGUAGGAGAUGAAGUAUUAUGACAUGUAAAUAAAAUACAUAAAUUAAAGUUUGUACAGAUAUAUAUGGGAUUGGUUGGAAUAGAGAAGUGUGGUGCUUUGCUGCUGUUACAAUAUGGUAAUAUGGUCCUAUAUUGUGUCAUGAUAACAUUCCUGAUUUGAUGAAGAUUCUCAAAAUAAUGAGGGUGGUUACAUUUUAGCCAGCCACCUGAUCUCUGUGACAUUUAUUUUUCUUGGACUCUUUCCAUUUAUCGUCACCUCAAUAAGUACACCCCAGCCUUAAUGCUAUGUAGAGUGCAUUUGUCACAAUUCAUAGCUUUCAUAUCAAACCCUCUUCCAAUACUGCUUUGCUCAAAUAUAUAUAAAUGUGUUAGGGUUCAUUGGUUUUUCAAAUAUCACAUGAAAAGAAGUACUUUUAUGAAAAUAUACAUACAUGUAUAUUUUUAUGACAAGCUAUUAAUGGAAAACAACAUUAACUAAGCACUGCUUUUAAUGUUUUAUAUGUAGAUAUUUGUAAGAAACGUUCAUUUUCCAUAAUGAGAGGCUGUGUAUAUCUUGUAUUUAUAACUGUAACAAGAUUCUUGACAGAAAAUAUACUGCUUUUAUAUAAAGGAUUAUCUAAGACUGAAAAGGAUUUGUUUAGUUUUCUUUUCUUUAUAUAUUUUGGAAUGUUAUACCUUCAACAGAGAUAAUUUUGUAUUUGCAUUUGUUUUUUAUGUUAAACUUCAUAACACAUAAUAAACGGGCAAACUAUACUCCAGCUUUGAAGUCUUAAGUGUGCAAAAUGUUUAAAUGCCUGUAUUAGUUUGAAAUGUAAAGUAUUUUUCAGAAAC